GAAAGGACACAGAGCGGAGCUGUGGAGGUGAGAGCGUGCUGGUGGGAGAGCUGGUGGCCGGGUGUAGCGCGGGCAGGGUGGGUGCGGGAGAACUUGGUCUGUAGCAGGGAGAGGGGCAGACCACCAUGCACCUGUCAGGGGGGGGGGGGAUUCCAUCUUUACUGCUGCUAUACCCUGCAUUCAAUGUAUAUAUCUCAUAACAUAUGUGUGGGGAAUAUAUGUGCGUUCCAUCGAGUUCUAUGUAUCUGUAUUACACAUUUCACUGUUAUUUGUAAAUGUAGACUAUGCCAAUAUUUAUAGUAUACAUUUAAUGUAGUGUGCUUACCAAUACAUCAUGUUAUAUGUAUCAUACCUGUCACCAUGUUAAAUGCAGAUCAAUAUGUCUGUGUUGCACCUGUCAUUGUGUUAGACCUAUGGAUAAAUCUGUAUUUAUUUCACCAACCACUCUGUUUUAUAUAGAGAGCAAUGUGCAUAUUUUAUAUAUGUGUUUGUGUGUGUUUUAUAAAAAAAAUUUUUUUGUGUGUGUGCUAUAUUAGAAAGGAGGAAUAUUUGUUACACCUGUCAAUGUUUUAUAUGGUUCAAUGUGCGUAUGCAAAUUUGUUCUUAUAUUCCCUAUAAGGAGAAGUGUACUUUGUAAUGGGCUGUAUCUCGUUUGAGGGCUAUUUGACUGAAUUGUCUUGUACCAGACCAGCCUGAUAAGACCAUUGGGCACGGCUCAGUAAUAAAUCUGUCUGGAAGGCUCUGGGGUACAACUGGCUCGGUGGCUCGAGAAGGGUACUUAGCCCUCCACAUACACGAACUGAUCACUUUUUUGUUUUCUGGUUUUCCAUUGGGAGCAACUAUUGGGGGUGACUGGUCCUUCUUUUCUGAACCCCAAAGUGUUGCUCUCUAAAUACACCAGUGAGGAGAACCAUUUUAGCAAGCAGCUAUUGUCUUUCUUAGCUGGGGGGAGUGAAUAUCACCAAUAUUUUAAUUGAUUUCCGCCUUCCACUGGGAAUGAGUGUUGGUUAUGUUGUCUCCGUAAGCAUGAGUCACUUACUUGGGAUCAAACCGUGGCUGGCUUCUGUAGCAGUGGUUCACCCUAGGAUAGGUUUAUUUGCUUAUCUGGUCCCCAUGUCCAGCUUUCCUGGAUAACACGGAGAAUGACCACGUUUCUACUCCUCCUUAGUAUAUAUUAAGUAGUAAUGAGUAUACUAGAAGUAGGUAUAGAUCUUGGCUAAUGCUUAGUAUCCUUCUAACGUGAACCAGAAAAAGUCCACAGUCUCGCUCAUUGUAUGUGGAAUUUGUUUGAGCCGCAGAACCUGGUAUUAUGGAACUUAGUUUGCUUGUGGGUGCUGGGAGUAUGAAGACGUUGGCAAAAUGUUAAAUUAUACUUGGCUAUAACGUUGAGUCAUUAGAUUUAUUAAGCUUUCAAAGGUGGAUUUGGCAACGUUUCAACACUUUCAUGUGUUUGUCAAGCCAGGUGAGAUAUCCGGCAAACUUCUUGACAUUUGUCCUUCGCUUACCUCUCUGUCUUGACUUCAUGAUACCAAAAUAGAUAUAUAUAUACUCUACUCUAGGUCCAUUUCCUACCACAUAAGUGCCAAAUUUAAUCAGAUUUCCUAAUGGACCUUGUGACCUAAAAGGCUGAUCAGAAUUGCAGUAAAUUCGUUUAGCAUAUGAUGAAUAUGCCUAGUAAAUCUAGGAAUCUGGAGCUGGUAAGGAUUGCAGAACUUUAGAUCUCUCCUCCUAGUUGAGUCAUUUCAAAUUGAUAGUGACCUGAAACCAGUAUCUAGGGCAGGCAUCCCAAUCUCUGUCCCUGAGAUGUUUCUGUAGUACAAUGUACAUGUUCUCUGGCCGUCUAUUGCAUACAUAAGCAUUCUGUGAGUUGAAGGCUGUCCACUUCAAGGGUGUGCGGCUGAGUUUGAGAUCCCUGCUCUAGGUUUUGAAUGUACUAUAGAAUUGGUUGAAACAUUUUUUAUGCCCCAGAGCUGCUGUCAUUUCUUCUGGACAUUUUUUUUGCAGUUGUAGCCUUGUCUGUUAAGCUUCUGAGAUGUUCUUUUCUCCAAACCUCUGGAUGGCAGUGAGUUUGUGGCUUCUUUGGCUUUACAGAGAUAUCCCCACUGCCACCAAAUUAGAGACUCAGGUAUUUUACACUAGCUUGGUAGUACAUAAUUAAACUGUCUUAUUCUAGCGCAGUCUCAUGGGACAACAAGGGGGUUUUGUUAUAUCAGGAAUAAGCCUCUCCAGACAGGUGUAAUCCCCAAUUUUUCAGUAAAAAGGGUACAGUGGCCAUUAUCUCCACUGACUACUUAGUUUGUUCCAGAGUCUUCAAACUAGAAGUUUGUAAAAUCUGAUAUCAGAAUAGAAACAUAGUCCAUGGUUAAAUUAGUGCUUUGCCCAGAGUACUAGAUAGUACUUUAUUUUAAUUAUGUGGAAGAAUGUGUAUGUAAAGAUUAGACGUAUUAUUCUAGUAGACAAGAUGUCAUGAAAGUGGAAAAACUCUAAAAAGAUUGUCUUUUAACCCCUUAAGGACACAUGACGUGUGACAUGUCAUGAUUCCCUUUUAUUCCAGAAGUUUGGUCCUUAAGGGGUUAAAGGGAAAUUAUAGUGCCAGAGGUUAAUAACCCCUUCUGCCACUUACCUAGGUCCAGCACUUUUGUCCGGCACUGGCUCUGCUCCGCCCUAACUCCUCCCCCUGUCGACGUCAGGCGGCGGAGACCUAAUGCGCAUGCGCGACAGUGGAUUCUCUCUGGGUCCAGCGCCUUUUUCCUUCCGCACUGGCUCUGCUCUGCCCUAGCACCCCUCCCCCCCCCCCGUUGACGUUAGCCGACGGGGCAGACCUAAUGUGCAUGCGUGGCAAUGGCCUCUCUCUGGGUCUAGCGCCUUUUACUGUCUGCACUAGCUCGGCUCUGCCCUAGCUCCUCUGUCCGUCGGCACUGGCUCGGCUCUGCCUUAGCUCCUCACCCCCGUCGACAUUAGCCGGUGGGGGAGACCUAAUGCACAUGUGUGGCAAUGGCCUCUCUCGCAUUAGGAUUUCCCGAUAGGAAAGCAUUAUUCAAUGCUUUCCUGUGGGGAUUCCGGUGAAGCUGGAAGUCCUCAUGCAUAGUGUGAGGAUGUCCAGCGUAGUUUAGGCAACCAGAAGCCCCUCUAAUGGCUGUCUGGUAGACAGCCACAAGGGAAGGAGUUAACCCUAGCAGGUAAUUAUUGCAGUUUCUAAAAACUGCAAUAAUAACAUGCCUAGGGUUAAGGGAGUGAUGAAGUGUUCUGGGUGCCUACAGUGUCCCUUUUAAGUAUAAUGCUAGUACAAUAAAAUAAGGUAUCAUUGCAUACUGCAAUACUCUGGUAUUUUGGCGUCUUAUAUUCUAUAAAUGUCUGUUUGACAUAUUUACAUAGAGCGUGACUCAGAUUUAUCUUACAUCUUUUUAUUAUUUUAUACAUGGAAAGAAAUAGAAAUCCUGUCAUUCAUUUAUCUUUACUGCGUGGCUAAUAUAUUAUGCCUGUUAUCAUAUUUAUUACAAUAUGAAUGGUAUUAUAAUCUUGUCAGUACUGUAUCUAUAGGAAAAUAUAUUAUACCUCACAUUUAAAGAUACAUGUAGAAGAGUGUAUGCACACAUAGUGAAUUUUUGUAUAUAUUAUACAUACACACACUGUGCAUUAACCAUUGCUUAGCCGGGUGAAAGCAAAUAACUGGAAUGUUAUGCAAUAAUUAAGACUUUCAACAUCACUUAUAGAAAAAUAUCAGCCAUAUUGCAGUUACACUAUUAAUAGCACAUACAUACAGUAAGUGGCCAGUGGAAAAACAAGUAGAACAGGGAACUCAGAAAACACACAAAUGUUUUUAAAAAAAGGAUUUCAAACAGACAAAUAGAUGCACUGAAAAUAUAGCUGGAAAACCAACAGCAGAUUCACUGAGUAAUGGUGGAAAUCUGAGUAUUAGAUGUAAUUGCUUUUACAUCACACUGAUAAUUUUUUUUUUUUUUUUUUUUCUCACUCUGAAUCUGAAGCAUAGAUAGGUGCUGGCGAGGUCAGGGUUAGGAGAAAUUGAGCCUUGUCAGUUGUCUUUGUAAGGCUGUAUCGGGUUCCAUCGUUUAAUAAACUAGGAAUGCUGGUAUUCCAUUCACAUUCUGCACUUGUAGAAGAUGCCUGCUCUGGAGGAAGGAUUUCUGGCAUUUCAUUGUUUGACAAGAUAUAUAUUGGUUAAAUGUCUACCGAACAUACACAUACCUUAAGCUAAUUUAGGGAACAGAGAAAAGAGGUGUAAGAAAAAAAUGUCAAGUCUCACUAUAUUCCUCUGACGUGUUCUAAUGCAUCUAUCCUCGCUUUAUAAUGGACGGUGAGAUAUUUGCAUUUGAUUGGACAAUAUCUACAUAGAAACUCACGUUAUCCCUUACAGCUAGUAUGUCUGUCUCUAAGCAUUGAGGUCUUGAUAGACCUCAAUGCUGUACUCUCACACACACAAGCGAAGAAGCACCUGGAGCAGAAGAGAUCUGGUCGGUAGAGGGUGGCAGCGCCUGCAAUUGACAAGUUCAGAGUAAGUUAAACUCACCUUUUCCUGCCCCCAGCCACCAGUUCUCCCUCCCUCCCUCCCGCCCCCCACAGUAGCAAUGUCACAGAAGGGGUUCUUCGUAAAAUGUGUAAAGUGUCCGGACAGUGACAGUUUUUCUUUUAAGAAGAGCUAUUAUAUUGCUAUUGGUGGAAGGGAAGUAACUUGCUUUAGAAUAGGAAAGUAGUAAAGAUACUGUGCCGUACUGGUGGAGCUCUGUUCCUCUGCAGGGCUGCUUCCCCACCUCUGUGCAAUACAAAAUGUGCAAGAACGGGCAUCACUGCAGAAUAUGCAGAUAAAACGAUAUUUAUUGAAGCCACAUAGAAACAUAGAAUGUGAUGGCAGAUAAGAACCAUUCAGCCCAUCUAGUCUGCCCAAUUUUUAAAAAUACUUUCAUUAGUCCCUAGCCUUAUCUUAUAGUUAGGAUAGCCUUAUGCCUAUCCCACGCAUGCUUAAACUCCUUUACUGUGUUAACCUUUACCACUUGGAAGGCUAUUCCGUGCAUUCACUACCCUCUCAGUAAAGUAAUACUUCCUGAUAUUAUUUUUAAACCUUUGCCCCUCUAAUUUAAGACUGUCCUCUUGUUGUGGUAGUUUUUAUUUUUUUAAAUAGUCUCCUCCUUUACUGUGUUGAUUCCCUUUAUGUAUUUAAAUGUUUCUAUCAUAUCCCCCCAUCUAAAGGACCACUAUAGGCACCCAGACCACUUCAGCUUAAUGAAGUGGUCUGGGUGCUAGGUCCACCUAGGGUUAACCCUUUUUACUGUAAACAUAGUAGUUUCACUUUAGGGUUAAUCCAGCCUCUAGUGGCUGUCUCAUUGACAGCCGCUAGAGGCACUUCUGCGCUUCUCACUGUGAUUUUUCACAGUGAGAAGACGCCAGCGUCCAUAGGAAAGCAUUGAGAAUGCUUUCCUAUGGACUGGCUGAAUGCACGCGCAGCUCUUGCCGCGCAUGCACUUUCAGCCAGGGACGUCAGAAGAGGGAGGAGAGUCCCCAGCGCAGAGGGAGCCCGGCGCUGGAAAAAAGGUAAGGGAUUAACCCCUUUGUAGCAGAGGAGUAGGGGUUAAUCCAAGGGCUCUCCGCUGGGAACAAAGAUUCAGCAUACAAAAUCACAGGAAUACAGCAUAAUCCACCUCCCCAAGGACUAGACGACACAUAGUCUGGGAGUCUACUGAUAGCUUUAAUCACAGGUCUGCUUUUAUGCAUUUCUCCCAUGCAAGGGAGGUAACUUUCAUAAUUUGUACAGUAACCAAUUGUAACCCGGUCACCUCCCCUCACUCUCCUCCCCUUAGAUUAGCACUUAAACCACUUAGUGGGGACAGAGUUUUCCCCACUUUCUGGAUGUUCCCUAAUUACAUGGGGUACAGGGACAAAUAAGGGGUCCCCUGGUAGGUCUGGUCUAGGUGAGCAACAUACUUGAAAUACACGCAGAUCGGACCAGGGGUUCGGGAGUUACAGCCUGCUAAAGAUUUGACCGACCGCAGGGACUCAGUAGCCGAAAACGGUUCCAUGCAUUCUGGCCCUGCGGUCGGUCUAUUUCAGUGAACCACAAAUACGGAACGGUUAGCCAUCCAUAUGAUUGCUACCAUUCGUAUGAUUCCCCUCCUUUAGGGGAAUCUAUCUACCGAACGCCGGGGCGUUCGUGUGUUAGCUUCGUAUUGUCGGAGCACGCUGGAGGUCUUAGUGGUGCUUGGUUAGUCGAAUGCCCUGUUUGAGUUCCAGGUGUUCGACAACCAAGUACCGCUGUUCGUGCGUAAGAUGGCCGCCGCCACGUGUUCGGUAGGCGAAAUGGCGGCCACACAUACAGGUACUUAAUUCCCUUCGCAACAAUGUAUCACUCUGUUAAUGGGAAACACACUACCACUCCAGGGUGGUAGUUUCAUACAUUCGAAUAAAAACAUUACAAUACUAUUACAGUCAAUUCGUGUGGUAAUUCCCUUGGUGAAUUACACUUAUUCACACUGAAUAAUUAGUCCAAGUGGCAGGGUUUGCCACACCCUUCCUCUCACUAUAUAGUGCCAGGUACACGAGUAUGGUUUCCUGGCACUAUAGUGGUCCUUUAACCUUUUCUGGUAACUUUUAUCCUGCAAUCCAUGAACCAGUUUAGUAGCCAUUCUCUGAACUCUCUCUAAAGUAUCAAUAUCCUUCUGAAGAUAUGGUCUCCAGUACUGCGUACAAUACUCCAAGUGAGGUCUCACCAGUGUUCUGUACAAUGGCAUGAGCACUUCCCUCUUUCUACUGCUAAUACCUCUCCAUUUUUAACUAAGCAUUAUGCUAGCAUUUCCUGCUGCUCAAUUACAUUGUCUGCCUACCUUUAAGUCAUGCGACUUCAAAAGUGAUUUUCAAACUUGGUCAGAGUAGCUUAAUAAAGGGCACUGUCACUGCUUCAUCUCGUUGAAAUGGUUACAUUGUCUGGAGUCCCUGGUGCCGUUUUUAAAGAAACACGAUUCUGUGACACUAUAGGUCUAAAUAGAUGUUUAGGUCACCGGCCAUCCCCUUGCCUCCAGUUAAAAAGGUGAUUUACUCCCCUUUUUUCAAGGGCUAUGCAGGUUCUGAAAAGUCUGUGUUUACAUUAAAAAGCAUGCAGGGACAGGCUAUAGACGCCAGAAAAACGACAUUAAAGGGACACUAUAGUCACCUGAACAACUACAGCUUAAUGUAGUUAUUCAGGUGAGAUCUUUAGCUCCCUGCAGGCAAUCUAAUGUAAACACUGUAUUUUCAGUAGGUAGUGCGCUCAGGACUUCAUAGGACGUCAUAAAUACCGCCCUAUGAAGUAUGUGCGGCGAAGCCGCGCAUGCCCACAAGGGAGCAAUGACUCUUCCGAAUGGAAGCGUCUGAUUGCUCCCUGCUCGCGCCCGCCUAUUUCGCCAUUUUGACGAAAUAGGGGGCGCGGCUUCACGAGGCUCCCAGCACUGGAACGAGGUGAGAAAAAAGGGCUACCUGGAGUGUCCCUUUAAGUUGCAGUUGUUCUGGUGAUUAUAGUGCCUUUAACGUUUUCAUGCUCUAUCAAAGUCCAGAGCAGCCCAACCCCUCUUGGUCUAAUGAGGAAACAUUUGUUUGAUCACCAAUGGGUGGUGCUUCCAUUGCUCUAUAGAUAGAAGGAAGCGUUUAAUCUCCACUUUAGACAUAUCUCCAGUGCGGGCUGGCCUGUUGGAGAACAGGGACCCUCAUUCAGCAUUAAGCUUCUCAAAAAUGGUUCAACACUGAAUAGAAAGUCAGUGCCAGGGGACUUCAAGUACUAUAAUACAUGAAAUGGUUAUAGUGCCUACAGUGUCCCUUUAAAUUUGAAAUUCAGUUUGUGUUUUUACUUUAGUAAAUAAACCGUACUGUAAGGCGGGGGAGGCCAAGAUAUCAUUGCAGAAAGAUGCUCCCAAAUUUGUUUUGCAAAUGGGGAAAUAUAUUUGUAAUUUUGUAAAAAUAUUUUGUAUAUUUUAUAGUUUUAUUGUGUACACUGGGGGUGGUAAUAAUUAGCUGAUAGACAUGAGGUGAAGAAGAGAUUUCUAUUUAAAUUAGAUCACAAUCUAAUUGUUAUUAGUAGACACCACCAUUAGUAUACACCAGUCAGUACAUUAUGGAGAUAUGUGUUUGUGUUAUUACAUGUGGAAAGUAAAUUAUCAUACCACCUCUAUUAAAAAAAAAAGUUCAUGCAUGGUAUAUGAUGAGAUGUGCAUAUAUUACAUUUCAAGAGAUGUCUGUAUUACGCCUGAGAGUAUAUCAUGUUUUAGAAUCUUUAUAGAUGGUGUUUGGUUGAGAAAACCUUGUAUUAAGGGUCACAGAAUGUUAGUUGGAUUUGGAGGUUGUGAAUAGUAGAAUUAGAACGUACUAUGAGAUUUUUGUACAGUGUAAUACCAGCUGCACUAAUCCUUGCUUGGAACGCUAGACUUCAAGUUAAUAUUACUGGAUAUUUGGCGAUCAUUCUAGGUAUAUAAAGUGUUAACCUCUGUAAAUGGGGUUUUUAUUUAAAGGUAUAAUAUUGAGUGAUAUGCUAUUUUUUUUUAAUUGUUUUAUUUUUUUAUUUAACACACACAAAACUUAUGUUCCAAAAUCGGCAAGGAGUUGUUCAUGUAGUUCGGUGGGGAGUACUGCAUUGGCACUAGUUAAAGCCAGUCUGGCGAUUGUGGGGCAGUAUUGGCUCUUAGUUGGCAUGUUUGGUUGGUAUGCAAGCUUCUUGUUGCAGAAUUUAAAGUACUCCAUGGAUGGGUUACAUCUGGCUAACUGGUAGCUAUCUAAAAUCUCUACAGUGUGCUGGUCUGUUAUGGCUGCAGAUAUCAUCCAUGCAGCCCCUCUUAAUUUAAUGGUGUUUCAGACAUCAGGGAGGUUUUGGAUCUUUCAUGGUACACUGACCAAUUCUCUUUUCUGAGUCUGAAUUUCCACUUGCCCAUGGUUAGUGGACAAGUAGACAUUUUGAGUUUUUAUUUUAUAGUCUGAGAAAUAUUCAAAUUGGAAUCCUGCUGAAGAAAUAGUUUUGUGAUGGGUCAUUCUUCACUUACUGAAUGUUUGUGAGGGUGUCUGUAUUGGGUUUGGGUGUACAUCUAUUAAAUCUAUUUACACAUACGUUCUUGCUGACUAAAAUCUAGUAUUUCAUCUUGGGUAGUUGUUAUGAAUGUUUAAUAACUAUAAUUUUGGUCAUUCUUUUUACACACUCUUAACCCAUUAAUGACAAAUAUUGGUCUAUGUCAUUAUAACAGUUUUUUAUAGAUCCUUUUUGAAAAUGGAAUGUCCCAGUCAACAAUUUCAGGACUUUAGGAAGGUGUCAAAACUAAAUAAGCAGGCAAUUAUUGCUGACAAAGGGUCUUUAUGAGCCAUGUUAGGCUGGCAACAAAGUGUAACAUUUGGUAUAAGAGGUUGCCAUGUAUUUUAAAAAAAUUGAGAUGCUGUACUGUACUAGGUAAAAUUCAACUUUUCACCAAAAUAACUUAAAAAAAAUAAAUACUACUUUUAAUACCUCUUUCCCAAUGGUUCCAGUAGCACCACAAGCCUGCCUUUCGAAGUGUGAAUGUUUUCCUUAGUCCUGCAUGGCACUGGAAAUCCUGGGAUCCGACUCCAGACACAGCCCCACCUGAUCACUUCAUUGUCAGCACAUCAGCCCAUUGGACGGAGUGACGUCUGUUCCAUUUUCCUGUCAAGUGCUGGCAUGGGUGGCAAGGGCAGGGCCAUGUAUGCAAGGGUCUUAGUACAAAAAUGGUGACGCGUGUGGAUUGCAUGCGUGCUUUAAUAAAAUGAAGCUGGGCCACUGAACAGUAGGUAGACGUGCCAACUGUUAUAGAGUCUAUGCCGAUUGUGUGUCUGCCAGGAGGUGGCUGUUUUUUGUAAUUAUCUUUCUUUUUUUUUCAUUUUAUUUUUUAUACUGAAUUUCUGUAUGAAAUCUAUACAUCUGCUAGUAAUAUUUCAUAAGGAAUCUAUUUCCAAACAUAAGUAUGCUUUAACACUCUACAUAGGCUUCUCCUAGAAUCAUUUUUGAAGAGCAAUAGAAACAAAAUAUUUUCCUGUUUUGCAGCGGUAAAAGGAGUCAUAAAGCCUGCUAUGGAAGAUUCCAUACAGAACUGAUAUUCCAUAGUAAUAACCUUUAAAACAUAGAGAGGAUAUGGACUAGAGAUGGUGACCUAGUGUGAUGUAAGCUAUAAAGAAAUGAAUAGAGGAUGCUGCCCAUAGAUAGUGCCACAUUGCUGUAUUUAAAUGUAAACGAUGAGCAGAGGAUAUAGAUCAGGGAGGGAUAGUGAUGUUUUUCAAUGUUGGCUGUACAGAAACACGCAGAGGAUAUAACGAGAGAUAGAGGACUAUUGUUAUGUUCAAGCUGUUAUUGUGGACAUUCUACAAUUAUGGCUGUCAGUGCCCCAGAUAAUAAACGGUUUAUAAGCCAAACAUUGAGCACACAGCACUUCUACAAACAAAUCCUCCCUGUGACUAGUUUCGCGGAAACAAACUUUAAAGUACAUGAACUAAUAUUGUUUCGCAAACAUAUCACUUCUUAUCCCACAUGGCCAGUUCCAAUUGUCCGUUAUCCUGUGCACUACUCGCAUUUGUGCUGAUAGGGUUAAUUCUCCCAGCUUCCCUGGGGUAUUUGUCCAUACAGUGAAACUUGUAGCUGUGUAAGUGAAACUAGCCCAUCCCAGGUCACUGGAUUCAUUGUGUCACCAAUCUAUAUACACACAGGAAGUGGACUGGCUCCCUGCAGGGGGUAGAAACCUCUUACUUGCCAGUGGUGCUUUGCAUAGUACUUGCAGUAAAAGACCACAUACAUGGCACAGUGUUUAGGACAGUUUAACUACAUAAUUUCAGGUUAUAAUCUGUAGAAUUAGCUAUCCACCCAAGAUCUGAAUCCAUAAAGAUUCCUCUUGGAGCAGUCAUCCAAUAACAUGCACCAUGGCUAUAUAUAGGGCAGGUUAGCGUGAUGCUUGGUUGAUGUGGUGCUUUCAUCCCCGGCAAAUUACUUGUUACGUUUUCCACAUUCAUAUACUUAAUUCUGUCUCAUGGGAUAAUGUGAUACAAAUUGCAUCCUUCAUAGAUUAGCAAGUUGUUUUUUUCACCAGACCUGUUAGUCUUGUUUGAAUUACCUUAAUGCGCCAACAUUAUAUUACUAAGGUGUUCGUAUCUUCGUGUAAUAUGCCCAGGUGAAAUGUUGACAGUGAAUUUAGCCGAACGUUUAAAAUGAACCGUAUGUUUCAAUAUACCUGUAUAGCAGAGCUUAAAAUGUGAAGUACUAUGCUACUAGCCAGGCCUUAACGGACACCUGUCUCCUCAUAACAAAUUUUAAAUCUAAUAACCCUUUCUUCAAGUAUUGAAAUGGAAAUUCUUUUAUUUUUCUUAAGCGGUGUAUAUGUAGAAAUAAAAAAAUGACAAAACUCCAUCUCUACCUUUGUUAUAUGACAAGAUCCUACCACCAUGUGCAUGCACCCUGGGUCAGACAGUGAUUGAGUCUCUUUGGUCUUCCCUGUCUCUGUGUUGGGAGUGAAGCAGACAAACACUUUCUGACCCAAGGUGCAUGUACAUAGCUGAAAGAUCAUGUACUAAAGGUAGGGAUUGCUUUUUAUAUUAAAUUAUUUUCAGGUGACCGUUGUCCCUUUUAAAUGUUACGCAGCAAGGCAUAGCAUAUGCAUAACUAAAUUUUCUUUGCUGGUAGUGAGUGAACCCUGGUCUUAGUGAUGGUGUUCUGCAGAAUUCUGGUUUAGUAUAUUUUUAUUCCAUUUGAACAUUGGGUUAUUAAGCUAAUAGUGCAGCUGAAAAGGGAGUCCUAGGCUAAUGCCAUGUACAUAACCUCACUCAAUAGAGGUUAAGAACUACUGCACGAUAUGGUAUACCAGUUACAUGACUUAUCUGACUUAUACAAGUUACACUCCCACUGAGUCAAAUAUCCUAAGCUAUAGUAAAUCUAUUUAUACACCCUCAAGAGAUGCAGUUCUGCCAUCUUGUGUACUUCCUCUGCCACUUCCAACCCAAUCUGACAUGUAUUAAGACAACACAUAACGUCAUUCCUUUUAUUGAUUGACAUGCCAAAGAGCAAAACUGUCCAGAACUCGGCGUCAUUUCAUUUGCAUGAAGCAUCCUUACAUUGGUAGAGAUAAUGACAAUGCAAUUGUGCAUGCGUUACUUCCCACAUUUCUUCUAUUGAUGCAGAUUGGAACACCUGUGGACAGUCUAUAUAUACCAUGACACUCCUAGCUAUUGAUGCUCUUUCAUGGUCUUUCACUCAGUGGUGUGUGAUGGCAAUUUAUUUAGACCUACGGCUAACUUUGAAUAUUCCAAUAUCAUGUCUCCUCUGCCUAGGUUUGCGUUUUCAUAAUUCUGCAUUUGUAAAUUUAUACUUCCUUUCAUUCUAUGAUCCGGUUACUGGCUUGUCUUAUGUUUCAGUUUUAACUUGAUUGGGGCGCUCCUAACUUCAUCUAAAUGUAAGUAAAACUUCUCCUUUUUAAUUAGCGGAGGGUCUCGUUCACCUUGUACAGAGCUGCUGAAAAUAUUGGCACUUUAUAAAUAAUCUUUAGCAAGUGUUUUUUUAUUUUUUUUUUAAUAUAGUAGCAUUUUUUGCUACUUAAAAGGACAUGUAGUAUGCUUUUCUGUCCCUUUUAUUUCUUACACGUAAUUGGAACAGGCACAACUAGAAUACUUGAUGCACCACUGUGCAGAUAAAGUAUAUUGAAGGACAUAAAUAAGCACCAACAUUUUGGGUCAGAAACCCUUUACCAAUGCCCUUUAAUGUGACACUGUCCCCAUCCCCCGGCAAAAUUAGUAUUUCAUAAAGCUAGAAUCUUUAUAAAAUAUUUGUAUUGACUGUGUUGGAAUUUUCACUGAGGGACUACUUUGUCUCAGUAUUUUUCCCCAGUCACUGCUUGACACUAGGUUGAGCCAACACUGUCAAGCCGUGUAAUUUCCCCCCAGCCAUCUCCAGUGGCGGUUGCAGGGCAAUGAGCUCUUUCUAUGGGGAUCACGUGGUCUUGUGGAACCCUCCACAGGCCUCAAUGUUAGUACAGCAGUGACUUUGGCUCCUGGCAGCUGAAGCACCAGAAGCGCUACAGGAAGAGGAUGGUGGCGCCCCCGAGACAAGUUCAGGUAAGUAAAGCUCACCUUUGCCUGCGCUCCCCCUAGAGUGAUAAACCAUAGUAAUAGUUUAUGUACUUAAAGUAUGAUAAACCCAGAUGCUGCUGAAAAGCAGAAAGUGAGAGUUAAAAUGGUGCAGGUUGUAAAUUCACUGCUCUGACAGAGGAAUGGUAAUUUGACACAGAUGGGCCUCAUUUCACAUGCCGCUAGGAUGCCAUUGAUUUAACAGAGCCAGUCAACAAGUAGCUUUAGGUCUGUGAACUAUAAUUCUCAUGACCUUCAGCCUGCCUAAACCUAAACAAUCUUUCACUUGGCACUAUAGGAAUGUACUACCAAAUCAUCCCCCACCGCUUCCCCAAGCUCAGCAGCCCUUACUUUCCACUAUUGAACCCAGAUCCACAGGAGAGCUGUGUAACCAAAUACAAACUCAAUUUCUAACACUGAGAAAUCCCUGGCAGGAAGGUCCAUCCAUGUUUCUUACCCGGUGUCUGUAUGCCAGAGGGCUCUAGCAACAAAUUAAUAAUUUGUCUUGUAUGUCCAUUCACCAAAUUGCAGGUAGUAUACACAAAGCUCACAAUUUCUAGUAGUCAUGGGUGAGUGAAAAUUUUUGUCCUGGCGAGUAGAAAUCCACCCACGACGUUAGUCACAGACUCUCCUGGCUUGCCAUGGCAAGUGACUCUAAAAGCUUGGCGGCUAAAUAGUAUAUAACUUGGGAAGUCCUUGUUUAUGAUUCUAUUACUGCUGGGAGAAUAUGAGCAGAUGAUACUUUGUAAUAGAAUGUUCCGGUAUUUAUCGAGUCUGGCCAGUAAUGUGUAAUACUGGCAGGACGAUGAAUAAACAUUUUAAAAUGCAAACUUUAUUGGCAUAAAUCCCAGAAUUGUGUAGCUCUCUGUGAACGUUUCAGUCUGACUCAGUUCUACGUGGUCUUGCCCACUUCUCAAUUUCAGGUGAAAUGGUGUGUAGUUUGUGGAUUGAAUGGGAGCCACAUUCCUCUUGCCACACCCCAGAGACUGAAAGUUCGCAUUACUUACUGACAACAUGACAUUACUCAUUCUGUCGCAAAAUGAAAUGCCACUAGAUUGUGAGCUCUGCAGUAUAGUGACUUUAUAAAAUAAGAGUGUCAUUCUGUACGUGCAUUUAUAUAUAAUUCUGAUUAAUCUGCUAUUGUAAAAAUGCACCUCCCAUGACACAUUUACUGCCCAGCUUGUCAUUUUACAUUUCAGACAGAUAAGCUCACAGCUCAAGGUUAAUUGCAUGUUCCCACAGCCGCGGUUUAUUAAUCAUAUGGAACCUGGCUGAGUUUUUGCUGUGAAAGGGUUAAUUGCACCUAGCUCAGCCUUUCCUCCACAAGAAUUGCCAAGUUUGACAUAUCUGACCCAGGUUAGUUAUUGCAUUCGUACAGUCUAAGGCGACUUGGGGUAUUAUCUACACGGUGCACUUGUUUUUUUCCUACAGGUGGAAAAGCUUGAAUGUGCACCUUCCCACCCCCCAACCUAGGCGUCAGAGUGCUGGCUGGGGAGGGGCAUAGGCCUGGGGUUUUAUCAGGUAUACGGCAACAGAAUGCCAGAAUUCCAGCUUGAUUAAAUAUUGGGUGAGUCACAGAACUGCUUCCCAAAACCAGCAGGAAAACAAGUCAAGCUUUUCUGUUGGGGGCAAAAAUCCACUCUCAGUAAAAGCUCUCUCCCCCUGCCGGUUGGCUAUUUCUUAUCUUGUUUUUAUUCCCUUUUGCUACCUGUGCUGGGAAGCCAUUCCAGUAAUCUACUACUCUAUAUUGAAAAGAAUACUGUAAUAAAAUUCCAUAUUCUCCUAAGAUUUCAACUCUCUCGGUUUGCUACAAAAGAAUAUUUAAACUCACAUAUUUGCAUCACGUGCAUUGUAUUUAAUUUUCUUAUUGAGUUUUUUUGAGAGAUUUGUGAUUACAGGUUCUGCCUCUUGCGCUGAGAUGGUAAUAUUUACCAGCAUUCUCUGGGCUGAUUCUUCCUGAUUUGCUGUCCAUUCUUCACUUUAUAGAGUAUGAAAUGCCCAGAGGACAAUGAUGGUUAAGGUUGGCACUGGGGAUAGCUGUGAAAUAUCUUCACUGGUCACAAAUUAUGGCUGAACAUUAAUGGAAAUGUAGCCUCUAAGCAUAUUGUGUGUUAUGAUCAGCUGCCAUGGCCUUAGGAUAACGAGUUCCACUUAAUGUAAGUUGAAGUAAUCACAUAACGAUUAUGGAAAAAAAUAUUGCAUUAUUUCCAUAUAUUAUGUACCUAUAACAUUUUCACAUAUGCACAGCAUGUGAUAAAUCCUGCCAUGGUAUUUUUUUUUAUUUUUUUUUUGAGGCAUAUGCAUGACAUGAACAUGAGGCAGUAUGGUAUUUGACAUAAGGUAAUUGUGAAAAACAUAUGAUCAUACGGAGAAGUCAUAACUAAUUUUAUUAUAGUGAGUGGCAGUUGAAUGAGACGGACAGAACAGAGUACAUUAUGCAGUGCCAAGCGUCUUGUCUAGAUGAUAAGAUAUGUGUUCUGCGAUAUGUCUACUCAUGGAAGAAAGCAGUACCCCUAACCUGAAACAUAUUAUGGUGGACUGCACUGGUAUUAUGCAAAAAGAUAAGUACAUGCUAAUUGAUAAUAGGCAGAAACCUGUGUCGAUAGAAUGGGGCAAUAAAAAUUGAUAUACUGAAAAUAAAAAUAGACAAUAGACCGAGCAUUUAGCUAUGAUGGUUGAAACUGAGUAAAAGGAUCGGCUUGUAAAUAGCUUCAGCUUUUCAUUUGCUUUGCAAUACCACGGAGUAUACAAACAAGGAGCCCAGCUUAUCGAAAGAAAGUAUUUUGUCCCCAACAUAGUAUAAGGCUCUAAUAAAUCCAACAAUUAAAACCGUGAGCAGACAUAAAAUGAGAACCAGUGAGAGCCGCUUAUCACACUGCCCAAAAUCUGGCACACAUUUCUUCAAAGUUCUCAAUAACAUUAGGUGGCUGUCUAGAGGGUCGCUGCAAUUUAGGAUUGGUCGCCAUGUUACCCAUAAACCUUGUGGCUAAUGUAGUUGAGGCCUUCAUGGAUGUACAGGUACACAAUACCAGUGAGGACCAAGAUAACCUCCACCGGCACAGAGUUGGGGAGAAAAGAGGCUGUUUGUGAGAUCGGAGAAUUGGCCACUUGCUCCGGCUAGCAGGCCACUGACGGGUAAGUAUGCCACCAAACAGAGUAUUCCAAAAGGGACUAAGUCUGAUUCAGAGCAGUGUGUUCCAACUUGAGUAGAGGAUGAGGAUUUCUCAACUCUGCGCCUUAGAUCGCUAUAAAUCAGUGUGAGUAUAGCUUUCUGUUGAAGAGCUCCAAACUGCAUCAAGUUCUUUUGGCUGCCAAGCACCCCAUCCCCCCCUCCCCCCCAGCAUAUUUCUAAUGCCAUCGCUUUCUGUGCAGUGUUUGCACAUGGUUCUGUGGUAUAUGGGCUGCUGCAAUUCUCGUGUUGUGAUAAUGGUGUUCUGCAUCUGGAAUAUAGUCUCUGCAUUCUCUACAUGCCCCUGGUAUUCUGGAAAUGCUUUCGAGCUUUGUAAACCCCCCUGCGUUUUCACUACAAAUAUCCAUUAUCACCUCUACUCCAUACAGACCAAAUUCCUCUGUGCAAGGCAGAUAAGCACCCAGAUUAAUUGCCGCUCCUGUCCUUGGAAGGAAAGUCAAUGCUAGGAGAUUCUUGUCCUAAGCUGCUAGAAAUGAGUAUUCAAACACAUGAAUUCACUCUAUAGAUGUCGAGGAAACAAAUCCACCUAAAGUCAGAUCACAGACAGGAAAAUCUACAAAGAGGUAUUGGGUAUUUUAGCAGACUGAGACCAAUUUGUAUGAAUAGAAUGUGUAGUUUAUAUUCCUAUCCGCUCAGUCUGUGGAUGGAAACAGGGAAAUGUUCUCUGAUUUAUUAAAGAUUGAUAGCUCUUGUGUAUCCACUGGCCAAGUAGGAUUAUACACUAAAUGGAGAGUUGUCAGUCAUUGACCAGGGGAUUUUACAGAUUGGGUAAAAUUAACGGCCUGAAACUUUAUAUUCCUGUGUCCGUCCCAGUUGUUUGGGAAAUAACCCUGAUUGUAUCUAAUCAGUCUAGACGUGUAUGGUAGAGAGGGGUUAGUAUGAAGCCAAACCUAUUUGGUGUUAUGUACUUAAAAUGUUUUUCUCUUAACAUCUUUAUUAAAUCUUUACUUUUUAUUAAAGUCGAAAGCAAACGCUUUAUAUUGUACCUGUUAAUGAAGGCUAAAUAUAUGGUAACACUUUAUUGAGAAUAUCUCUACAUUGUGCAUGUACACUGCUAUUCUAUUCCAAGUCCAUUUUAAUGUAUUUGGUCACUGGAACAGUGGUAAAAUGUGUAUUUGGAAUCCAAAGUUGUCCACUGUCUUCUAUACCCAUUCCUAAAUGACAAGUAUGGUAUUCUAUAAUCCUUAACGUAUAGCCCCUUGCUAGACAUGGAUAUGUUAUUUGUUCCAUAAUGGGCAUUGGCAGUUGCUCAUGCAGUAUUCUCAUCUGUUUGACACCGUCUUGGAGGGAGGGAACAAUUGAGAUGAUAUUCAGAUAUCAUGUACAUUUGCUGUAAAUUUUGCUCGUCCAGUGUAUAUGAAAGCUUAUCUCGACAAUGGGCUUGUAAGUUGCAUGUUUUGGGGAUAUUGGAUCCACAUGAAACAUCACUUCUCAUAACAUUAUUUCUGCAGUCAGACACGGUACAGCAUUACAGAGUAUGUUAGCACUAUCUGUCUUUGCUGCAUUUAUUGGCAAAUGAUUUCUGAUCUGGUACUUUGCCCUGUUACUGUCAGCCAGUGCAGGGCUGUGCUGUAUGUAGUGUCGCAGCCAGAUCACAAAACGUAAAACAUGAACAGACUUUCCUUUGAUAUAUCUUGUUUUUAUUUGGCAACAUUUUGCUGGAAUAAUCACUGAUGACAAAUCUUUCUCCUUGUUCCUUUUGGCAGUCUCUCUGCUCAAAGGUGUGGGGGGAGGGAAUUACUCCAGUUUAUUUCUAGGUUGACCAUGUUGCGACAUUGUUAGAAUCUUUGAAUUUAUAGUCAUUAUUUUUUUUUAAUUUAAACUUUAUCAUUGCAGUGACAUACUGCAACAUAUCAGCAAUGUAAGGCUAGCGCAGAAGCUACUUCACGGUGCACACAAAGUUGCGAAUAUGAUACAGAAAGAAAAGAGUAUGUAGUAAAUACAUGCAGUGCUUUUUACGAUGGUGGCUUGCUUGUUCAGUCUGUCAAAGUUUUUUUUAAUAUUUUAUAUGAAUAACCAAUAAUAAACAAUAAACUGGCUCUGCGAUGCCGGUGGGGUUGUGUCCCCACUUUUGUGUAAGCAAAACAGGCAUGGUUGGCACGGCGGUCGCCAUAUCCCUUCCACUAUUCCAAAUGUAUUAUUCCUUGUACUGUUUUCAUCGCUUCCCAUACUUUGGUAAAAGUUGCGGUGGUAUUGCACACUUGUGCUGUUAACUUAUUCAUCAAGAAGCUAACCCUGCUUUUUGCGAUUACCAUGGAUGUAUGUGGUAACUCGGGACAAUGCCCUUCGUAAUGCUAGAUAAAUCAUGUUUAAGAAUUUUUAUAUAGUCUUUAUUUGUAAGUAAUAAAACUUCAUUUUGACAUCACAGUUGCUCUUGAAAGGGCACAGAGAAAAAUUUUAUGUACAUUUUUAAUUUUAUUUCCCAGUGAUCCUUUGGUGCAACGUCACUUUUGUUAGUGUACAUUUUCCUUUAUUUUCCCCUCAUUUUGCUAAAUCAUAAUUUGACACUCUUCCCUGGAAUUUGGGAGCCAAUGACAAAAUAGUUAAGCAGAACAUAUGUUGAAAUAGCCAUAUUCCCACAAAUUCACAUGUUUGGGAUCAACAUGUGGUCUCUCGGAGAUUUGGGAUGUCAUUUUGGCCAAAUGCUUUCCUGAAGUAUACAGUAAGCCAUAUGCCUUCCAUUACCAUUGUAAAGUCAUCCUUUUUAUAUAAUGCACAGCAUGUUUAAUAGCAUUGAGUGAGUGUUGCCCGGGUCCAGAUAAAAAAAAUACGAUUGUCAGCUGUCUCUGAAUAGUCUCUUGACUUGUAUGAAACAUGUGGCUGCUUUGGGAUUGCUGGUUCUCCAUUUGUAUAUUAGAGCACCAGUGUGUUAUUGUAGUAAUAAUGUUAUUGUUUGUUUAAUAAUAUUUCCUGUCAUUUUUGUUGUUGUACGUGUUGUAUGUCUAUUCCUCUAGAAUGUCGAUUAGUGUUCUAGUAUCCUUUUUUUAAAUCCCUCUAUCAACCCAUGUAUGCGCAGGUGCUGCCUCUUUCUCCUCUAUUCUAAUCAGCCUGUGACUGGAUGUUUGUAGGAGACAGUCGGUCCUUUUUGUUCAGGGAACAUAGCUUGCCUGUCUUUGGAAAUGCAUUUUGUGAAGUGAUGAGUGCACCUGGGGUUAGAGGGACAGAGUACCCCUGUGUUUGAAUGAAGAAGUCAUCUCUGUGUCCGUGGUGAUAAUUAAUUGAUGACCAUAAUAAUAAAAAAAGUUCCUUUCUAUUUAGGCUCGUUUCAAUAUGAACAGGUAAAUACUGCCAUUGCCACCAUCCAAGAUGGUAGAUUAGUCAUCCUUUCUGUAAUAAAAAAAAAAAAAAACCCUAGGCAUGCAUCUAGAAUUCUAACAUAUCUUUCAAAAUAUACAUAGAGUAUAAUGAGCCCAAGUAUAUACCAGCCUUUCUGCUCUUAUCUGAAAUAAUACAGAGUAAUGAUAUACACACCUUCCUGUCCUACCUUCUUAAAAUAAUGGUACACAGUAUUACAGAUAAAUUAUGUAAUGCUGAAUAUAAUUACCCCAGGUUUAUUCCUGCCAUCUGAAGUACUACGGAGUAAUGUUACCCUAGUAAUGUUCUACUGCCAUCUGAAACAAUAAGCAAUGUUGCCCCACGUGUGCUCGGAGGUGUGGCAUUGCUGUGUGGCCAGGGCCGUCUUUAAUAUUGAUUGGACCCUGGGCAAAGCAUUUGCUUGGGCCCCUGGAACCUGUCCCCCCUCACCAGGCGUGCAAUCACGUCCUCCACCCUAACCAAGUGGCAGACCUAAAGUAGAGAGGUGCACGGGUGAUUAGAAGGUAGAUCCCCAUCUGUCGUGCAACUCCAGCAAUGCACUGACAGCUGGGGCUCUUCCAUUUACCCAUGUUUGAAGGUUUGUAUUUAGCACUAAGCUGUUGUGUGUUUGAAUGUGUGUUUUUGUAUGGAAUAUGUUUGUAUGUGGUGUUGGCGUACGUGCAAGCAUGUAUUUAUGUGUAGUGUUGGUUUUUGAAUGCAGGGGUGUGUUUACAUAUAAUUAUGGUGUGUAACUCAGACAUGUGUUUUGGAGUUUGAAUGCCAGUGUGUAUUUGUAUGUGAUGUUAGUGUGUGAAUGCUGAGAUGUAUGCACAUAUACACACACACAUAUAUAUCGAUAUAUAUAUCGAGAUAUAUAUAUAUAUAUAUAUAUAUAUAUAUAUAUAUAUAUAUAUAUAUAUAUAUAUAUAUAUAUAUAUAUAUAUAUAUAUAUAUAUUUAUUUAUGGCACACACAGACAGACAUACUGGUACACAGACAUACUGACACACACACAGUCAGACCUACUGACAGACAGGGACCUACUGACAGACACACACAGACAUACUACACACACACAGACCUACUGACAGACACACAUACACACACAGACCUACUGACAGACACACACACAUAGACCUACUGACAGACACACAGACCUACUGACAGACUGACAGACAUACUGACACACACCCACACAGACAUACUGACACACACCCACACAGACAUACUGACACACACCCAGACAGACAUACUGACACACACCCACACAGACAUACUGACACACACCCACACAGACAUACUGACACACACCCACACAGACAUACUGACACACACCCACACAGACAUACUGACACACACCCACACAGACAUACUGACACACACCCACACAGACAUACUGACACACACCCAGACAGACAUACUGACACACACCCACACAGACAUACUGACACACACCCACACAGACAUACUGACACACACCCACACAGACAUACUGACACACACCCACACAGACAUACUGACACACACCCACACAGACAUACUGACACACACCCACACAGACAUACUGACACACACCCACACAGACAUACUACUGACACACACCCAGACAGACAUACUGACACACACCCAGACAGACAUACUGACACACACCCAGACAGACAUACUGACACACACCCAGACAGACAUACUGACACACACCCAGACAGACAUACUGACACACACCCAGACAGACAUACUGACACACACCCAGACAGACAUACUGACACACACCCAGACAGACAUACUGACACACACCCAGACAGACAUACUGACACACACCCAGACAGACAUACUGACACACACCCAGACAGACAUAGUGGCACACACCCAGACAGACCACACACCCAGACAGACAUAGUGGCACACACCCAGACAGACAUAGUGGCACACACCCAGACAGACAGACACACCCAGACAGACAUACUACACGGGUGACACACACACAGAUAGUGGCACACACCCAGACAUAGUGGCACACACCCAGACAGACAUGACACACCCAGACAGACAUACUGACACACACCCAGACAGACAUACUGACACACACCCAGACAGACAUACUGACACACACCCAGACAGACAUAGUGACACACACCCAGACAGACAUAGUGACACACACCCAGACAGACAUAGUGACACACACCCAGACAGACAUAGUGACACACACCCAGACAGACAUAGUGGCACACACCCAGACAGACAUAGUGGCACACACCCAGACAGACAUAGUGGCACACACCCAGACAGACAUAGUGGCACACACCCAGACAGACAUAGUGGCACACACCCAGACAGACAUAGUGGCACACACCCAGACAGACAUAGUGGCACCCAGACAGACAUAGUGGCACCCAGACAGACAUAGUGGCACCCAGACAGACAGACAUAGUGGCACACACCCAGACAGACAUAGUGGCACACAGACAGACAGACAUGGUGGCACACAGACAGACAGACAUGGUGGCACACAGACAGACAGACAUGGUGGCACACAGACAGACAGACAUGGUGGCACACAGACAGACAGACAGACAUGGUGGCACACAGACAUGGUGGCAGACAGACAUGGUGGCAGACAGACAUGGUGGCACACAGACAUGGUGGCACACAGACAUGGUGGCACACAGACAUGGUGGCACACAGACAUGGUGGCACACAGACAUGGUGGCACACAGACAUGGUGGCACACAGACAUGGUGGCACACAGACAUGGUGGCACACAGACAUGGUGGCACACAGACAUGGUGGCACACAGACAUGGUGGCACCCACCCAGACAGACAUGGUGGCACCCACACACACAGAGUGGCGCCCACACAGACAUGGUGGCACACACACACACAGACAUGGUGGCACACACACACACAGACAGAGUGGCGCCCAGACAGACAUGGUGGCACACACACACACAGACAUGGUGGCACACACACACACAGACAGAGUGGCGCCCAGACAGACAUGGUGGCACACACACACACAGACAGAGUGGCGCACACACUGGCACACAGACAUACUGGCACACAGACAUACUGAAAUACACCUAUGCAAACUUUAAAGCCCCCCUCCAGUUUCCUACCUUCCCUGGGGUCCAGUGUGCUGGCUUGGUUGGUUGGGAGUUGGGGACUUGGUCUCUUUGCUCAGUCCGCCUCCUCACUGCGUCCUGGCACAGGCUCCCUCCCGCGCGGCUCAUCAUCUCUGAGGGAGGUAGUGACUUGCGGACGUCACUUCCUCCCAGUGCUGCUGUAAAGCAAGGGGCCCGGUCGUGCUGUUAAAGGGUCACAGCACCCGACCGGGCCCCUGCUGAAACGUGCUCAACGGGUGGCCCUAAAUGUAUUGGCCACCCGGUGAGCCUCCUUAGAGUAUGGGCCCCGGUGCAGCCGCAGUACCAGCACCGCAGGCCCAUGGGUCCUUUCGUGUACUAGCUAGUAACAGAGUAAAUUAUCUGUUUGUUGUUCUGUUAAGUGAUUUAAGUUGGUGAAGUGCUUUGUCUGUUUAUAGUUUGGGGUAACUGCAUUUGAUUUGGGAGACGUCUUUUCAGACUAUGGGUUUGGGGAAAAACUGGUGUAGGUCAGAGACCUACACCUGCAGGUGUUUUAGAUCCCUGUUAUUUGACAGGUAGAUUUAAACCAACUUGCCAUAUUGUAUUCUCAAGGCCAGCUGGGCCUAAUACACAGGUGCUGCAGAUUUACAUGUUCUAUUUUGCUCACAUUUAGAGAUUUAAAAGACUUGAAUAGGAAUUUGUUCCUUGAUAGCAUGUGAAGUGUUGUGAGCGGUGACACACCUUUCUCACACGUCAUUGUCACUUAAGUGUCGUGACCACAAAUACCUAACAUUGUAACACUGCUUUAGUGACUCUGAAUAUUGCUCUCUACAUUUACAAUCUGUGUCUAUCAGGUGUGAUUGGGAAAUCAAUGUGUCUGGCUUUACACAAAAACAAGCCAUUAGAAUAACAGGGGGAGAGGUCACUUGGGAUUUAUACUUUCUUAUUUUUAUUUAUUUCAGUGAGAAUGUGGGAUGGAUUUUAUGUUAAUUUAUUUGAUUUUUGCAGCAGUCCCUCUACAAAUUGUAAUCACUUGCUCCAUUCCCUGCACCUGUUUUCAAUGUUUGAGUAACAAGGUUAAAUAUCCGUUAAAUCUGUUUUCCCAGAAGAGAUAUUACCGUAACUGCAACAUAUGAGGAGGUUGGGAAUUCCAGAAUUAAGGUUGAAGGAGGUGAUUACAGCAAAGAGGAGUGGAGUAUAAUAGCAGAAAAGAUGAGAUGGGAGACUGUAGGACAGCAGGGGCAAUAGGUCUGGUAGGAGGAAUGAAGGUGGAAGAUGAUGAGCCUGGUCUGACAGAGUAAAUACAGCUAGGGAAGUUGGUGGAGGUUAUGGUGGAAUACAUGUGGUCAGGGAGAGUUACAGUGGACAAGUUGCGGUACAUUAUUUGUUAGAAUGAGUAAUGAUGGUUACCCACAAGCCAUCUAGUCACUGAAGUAGGACAUAGUUGGCAGUAGUAAGAUCGCAUUCACUUGGCAAAAGCGAGUUUUAAAGGGCUCUGCUUCUUAUAAAUUGCUUUUUGGCCAUUUCACAUUAUUAAUCUGACUCUUUCGAGUGGUGUACAAUAACUGUAUGGGAAGGAGAAAAUUAAAGCUUGUUCUGCGUUAACGCUCCAACUAUUUCUAAUUCUCUUGACUGCUAUAGCAAGGGACGUAAUAUAUAGCCAGAGAUCUAAUAUACUGGCAUUACUUCUUGGGUUAAUAGCUGGUACAUCAACCGUGAUCCUACUUCUCUCUGGGAAUCCCUCUCUGCUUAUAUUUGAUUGUUUUCUCCCAGCUGCCCGUUUUGUUACCAUGCUAGUUUUCUGCCACUACCUCGUUUGUACUACACAACUGUCAAACCUCUGAUGACUUUCUCCCAGAUUCUCCGCACUGUGCUUCUGCCCAGUCUGAUAUGUUUCCGUUGGGUGAUGUGUUAACCCUGUAAAACGUAAGGGCUGCUUCUGAGAGCAGCGGUUGUGUUUAUAGCAGAUCUGCGUCUAACCUCAAGCUGUAUCCUUAAUUCAAAUUAACCACAGAAUUGCAUCUGGUUUGGCAGUGGAGCGUGUUUACUGUUUGUUUCAAUACAAAGAUUAAUACUUUUAGGUACUUAUCCAAAUGGAGCCAUACCUUCCCAGAAAGAGUCCAAUCUAUUGGCAGAAUAAUCCUGCAAUUACAGAAGAUUUAGCCUUGGCUUUAUUGCCUGAUGUUGGGUUACACACUGUCUGGGGAGAAACAUCUCAUUAUAGAUCUGUGUCCCCGUUUAGUCUGUGCUCCUAUUCUUAAUUACCCUUCUGACAUCCAAGAUAGUCCUUCAUAACAUGGCAGCUCAGCAGAGAUAGCAGGAAAAUAACAGUACGAGAAAUGCCAAACUCAAUCUUGAAAAGAUUGAGAUAUUACUGCAGAGUAGAGUGAUGACAGUGUGGUCUUACCUGCGGUCACAGUCUUGUGUGUCUAAUCAACCACAAGACACAAUGCCUGGAGUUCCACUAGUUCAACAGAAUUGCCUUUUAAAGGUCAUAUGAUUCAAUGCUGAUGGAGAGCUUAGUCUUGUCCUUACAUGGGAAACCUUACAAUAUGGGCCCUUACUAACUGUGUGAGUAAUCUUCGUAAAACUAGCAUUCCGUAUUAACAAAACAAUUAAUUCAUACUACUCAGUUGGCAAAUUUAAAAAAUAAAAUAAUGAAAUCAUGUCAUCCUUCUGUUCUGUUCUCUUAAAAAAACAAAAACAAAAAAACCUAAUCCCAGAAAUUGUAUUUCCGACCCCACUUUCUGAAGUAUCUGCCUGAAACUCAUCCUGUUCCAUUUAUUUGUAGGAAAGGUGAUAACCAAUUGACAUUUGUGAAUGGAAAGACACUUUCAUGGCGAGAUGGCUGACCAGCAUAUUCAUAUGGACCAGGGUGUCCAAAUCCGUUUUAUCGAUAAUCUGAAGGAGAACAAGAAGCCACGAAGCAGGAGGUCAAAACAGGAAUCAUAUGGAGUUGCUAUACGUGUCCAGGGAAUUGAUGGACAGCCUUUUGUUGUCCUGAACAGUGGGGACCAGGCCAAAUCUUCCUAUGGGGUGCAGAUUAAAUCCCAGGACACAUAUGGAAACAAUUAUCAGAAUACCGCACAUGAUUACCAGGGCAUUACUUCAAAGGCUAGCCAUACAGUGCGAUCUCUAGGCUCAGAGACUGAGCUUCCAGAAAAUCCCUAUGCAAACAGAGGCUACGUGCAGAGUAGUUCACAGUACAGCAGCACUUCAGAUGAAGAGCAGAGCUCCAAGCACCGCAGCAGGUCCAGAGGAAAUGAGGGAGUCUCAUCAAGACCCCGUCAAUUGAUUCCUAAACCCACAGAGGAGCUAAGGAGGUCCCAGUCACAUAGCUCUUUAUGUGAUCCUGAUAUUGAUGAACCAUAUGAUUCUGAACGUCAUUAUAGUGAACGGUCCUCCACUAUUGACACGACUUACUCCCAAUUAUCCAGCAACCGCAGCAGCCUGAGGAAGAAAGAAAAUGGUGAACAAACAAGUGGAUAUAGGUCCACGGUGAACAAUCAGCAGUCUACCUCCAUUGUCAAAAAAUCUUCAUUGGAGAACAAUGGCUUUCCUUCUUCCUCUUCACCAACACAACCUAGUGAUGAUAUAGACACAAAACCCUUGAGUUCUGUGGAUUCACUGAUCAGUAAAUUUGAUGGAAAAGGACAGCUAAGGGGUAGGACGGCACGAAGGAGCCAAGCUCUUAAGGAUGAAAGGAAACGUUCGCAGAGCUUGGAUGGGAGAAAAUCUUACCAGGAUGCCAAUGAUUCUAGGGACCUACCUUCAGAGCGUAGUCAACAGAGUAUGACCCAGACAAGAGCAGAGCCUCCAAACACUGGAAGUCGAUCCAAGCAGGUUCUGGAGAAGGAUGCUGUCAACAAGACAAGACAGACCAAAGAAUGGUUGGCCCAGACCUUAGAAGAGCCAGUAACACAAAGACAGCAAAGAACUAUCCAAUCUGAGUUCCAGGUAUUUUCCUUCACAUAAAAAAAAUGUCAGUGAAAUUUGUUGCGUUCUGCGUGUGAUGCACAGAAAAGUGGUUGUGUGUGUGUGUUUUGGGUCCUGAAUGUUUGGCAUCCUGAGCAUUCUGCACGGGAAAUGUAGUAAGCGUAGUGGCUAUUUAACCCUCUGUUAAUCUAUAAGGAAGGGGAAGAUAUGUGUGUGUAACCCUGAGUGAGCUGUGUGUACCUCUUGAAAGUGGGGUUACAGGCAUGUAGUCUUGCUUGUAAUAUCAACGGUGAUGUUGUUACCUAGUCUUGCAAAUGUUUUAUAUUCCUGUGUAUGCUUUUUCUGGAAGACAGGGUAGUUCUGGGGGAAGGGCUUUAGCCAUUUGGAGGAGUAUAGCAUUGUGCAUACCCAAUUAAUUUAUUGGUGGGUUUAGGUCAUGUAUUGUGCUUCUGACGGUGGGGGGAGGGGUGUGUAACUAUGUGUUGUAAAAAAUAGAAAUCAAGAACUUGCAGAAGAAUAUUACAAAAUAUGGAUACAAUAGGCACCAAAACAACUUUAGCUCAGUGAAGCAGUUUUUGUGUUUAGAUUUGCAGUCUUACUGCUCAGUUCUCUGCCAUUGAGGAGUUACAUAGCUGAAAAGAGACUUGUGUCCAUUGAGUUCAGACUUUCUCACGUUUGUUUUUGCUGUUGAACCAAAAGAAAGAAUGAAACUCAGUUUGAAGCGCUUCCAAUUUUUCAACAAACUAGGAACACUGUCUUUCUUGACCUCAGAAUGGCAGCUAUUACCCCAGUUAAAUCACUUUGUUUAAACAGCCCAAGCCACACUUCCCUGCACGUGACUUACACAGCCUUCCUACACGCUUCAUGAAAAGGAACCUAGAUAUUCAUGUUUCUUUUAUUGCACAGUCUAGAAUUCCUUAUCUCCUGCUCUGUUGAUGGCCUUCUAGAGCCUCCAGUUUAAGUUCAAUUUAGAGAGCAGGGGAUAAAAACUUAUAAAACAAGUUAACAAUUGAUUGAAAAUGAAACCAUUUCUUAAUACAUGCUGCCAGUCACAGCCUGGCGAGGUGUGGCUAGGACUAAAGUGAAAUAACAAUGUCAGAGCAUUGAGCAGUGAGACUGCAGAGACAUGAUCUACACACUAAAACUGCUUCAUUAAAAGGACACUAUAGUCACCAGAACAACUACAGCUUAAUGUAGUUAUGGUGCCUAUAGCCUGUCCCUGCAGACAAUUUACAUUGCUCCCUAGGGACAACUACAGUGGUAGUCACUCAGGCGGCGACUAGUAGUGUUGCAUAACCUGCAGCACGGACCUUCAGCGUCUCCACGCUCUGCAUGGAGACAUUGAAGUUUCCCUGUUGAGAUGCAUUGAUUCAAUGCAUCUCUAUGAGAAGAUGCCGUUUGGCCAGGGUGGCAUUUGGCUCUGUCCUCUGUCCUGCCUCCUUGGCUGAGAUCAUCUGAAUUGACAAUCUCAGCCAAUCCAAUGCUUUUCUCUUGGAAUGUCAGUUCAGCCAAGGAGGCGGAACAGAGGCAGGGCCAGCACCAGCAGACCUGUGCAACACUGGAAUUAAGGUUAAUGUUAUAAUUAUUUAAGGGGGUGAGGGGGAGGAGGAGAGUUCACCUAGCAUAUUUUUUUUUUAAACACAAUCAGGUCAGGAAUACCCAUUUUAUAUUCCUGAACCUGUAGUGUUCCUUUAAGAUAAAGUUGUUUUGAUGCCUAUAGUAUCCCUUUAACUGUUACAUUUUUUUCAAGUCUGUCUUCAAACUUAUAAAUAUUCCAUUCUCCUCAGCUGAAGAGCACCCCAGAUCUUCUGAGGGAUCAGCAAUCUGAUGGAAAAGACCCAAACUGGGAGUUGAUAUACAACAUAUUGAGAGAUGGGUGAGUGGUACUUGUGCCAAAACUUUAACAAAUAAUAUUUCUAAAUAUAUUUACCUGAUUAAUAUGUGACUUUAUAUAUUUGCAAUAUCAUUAUUUUAUUGACAUUUAUGAAUAUUUUUGAAGGUCAAGUGACAGUGACACUAUGCAACGAAGGAAGACCAAUCUUAUUCUAGAGAAGUUUCAGUCUUUCCAGGUGAGUUUUAAAGAGGAGAGAUUUUGUUUUGUGUAAGUGGUCUAGUUUUGUUGACUGCAUCCUGUCUUUUUCAGAUGAAGGCUUUGUAAUUUAUUUUCUGACACAAUUUUCCCUAUUUGUUGUUGACUGUAUAUAUAUAUAUAUAUAUAUUUUCUUGUUAUAUUGGAUCCUCUCUAAUGUACUGCCAUCUGCUAACUGUAUCAUUGGUGACCAUGUUAAAUGGCACAAACAUUGGAUGUUCUAUGCAGCAAUGGGGUCUGCAUACACGGGUUAGGGUAAUGAAAACUCACAAAUAUUUUUUUAAAGGUAGAGACUCUUAUUUGUUUUUUGGUUCCCCUUGUGAUUUGCACUUUUGAUGUAAAUUUAGGCUUCCCCAAGUGAUGAUUCUAGGACUCUGGUAAAUCAGAAGGAGCUUGAGAGGAAGAUCUCUGAUCUACAACGACAGUUGGACAAUGAGAGGACGGUGAGAAAGUUUCAUUUGUUAAAUUAUAGACCUCUCAUUGUUGCCAAGUUUGAUGAUAGCAUGUAUUGUAAAGAAAGAGUGUGACUAAUCAUUAUAUUUGUUUUGUAGCAAAGGAUAAAAUUGGAAACUUCUCAAGACCGUCCCAAGCCUGGUCUGCAGAGAUUAGAGAUUCAGCUGGAGGAGAAAGAGGAAGAAUGCUCCAGACUGAAGGACCUAUUCGAGAAGAAAAAGAUUGAGCUGAAUGUCAUUUCUCAGGAGUAAGCAGAUAUCCACUAUAUAUUCAUUAACCGAGCAGGAAGCUCAGAUUUAUUUUAUGUGAACAUGAAACCUAAAAUGGCUUCUCUUUGACUUUUCAUAUUGCAGCAAGACAGUUACUUUCCAGAAGAGUUUAGUUUGCAAGAGUGCAGUAUGUCUGUAUAAAGAAGAAACUUACCAUGUGCUGUGAGAAACCAACAGAUAAUAUUAAAAUGAACAAGAGUUCCAAGCUAGCAAAUGUCCAUUCUGUGCAUAUUUCAAACACAGAGGGUCAUUGGGGUCCUACAGGAUCAGCAUCCAGCUUCUGCAGCUCUGCAAUUACAGGAGGCCGGCGCGCAGCAGGUGCCAAGUCAUCUGAAGUUGUCAUAGUGUCUGAAGUUUGUAUGUGCAGUGUUUCAUUAUAAAACCCUGAGCAUACAGAGUUUAACCACUUUGACAACUUUGGCAAUAUGAUUGGACUGUCAUUUCUAUGUGCAGAGUUGCAUUCAUUGGCAUUGUGAAGGCAUAUACAUCCAACUUCUGCAGCUGUUUGGGGCACAGAGCGACACAGAUAACAGGGGAAAGCUGUUGCAAAACAAUUUGACCAACUACUGGUUAACAGGACCAGGGUACUCCUUACUUCAGAACUACUACAGCGGGCUAACCCUUUAAAAGAACACUGUAGGAACUAUAAUCACGUCAACAGGUUGAAGUGCUUAUGGUGUCAAGAUUUUGUGGUUUACUCAUCUUUUAGCAGAGAGGGGCUCUGUCCCUGGCAGCCUGGCCGCCCAUCCACUGCAAUCGUGCUUACACUAUUAUAUAAUAGACAAAUUCUAUAUUUUUGUUCCCUUAUUACCAUCAAUAUGAGGUGGUAAUUUGCAAGUUCGUACUUUAUAAUCAAUAAAGCAAUGAUUUUUAUAUUUCAAUAAAACCCAAUGUCUCUCCUCUUCAACUACUAAUAGUUGCUAUCCCAUUGUCAAAGUAGUGUUUGAGAUCUAGGUAAGGUUAUAUGGUUGCUUUUUGUAAUGUGUAUGGGCCAUGGUGCAAUAUCUGUAAUUAGAAAAACCUAUGAUGAAUGUUCUCCCAUUUGCAUGAGAGAGAUUCUCCCAAGCUACGUAACAGUUUCAAUCAUGGUGCCAUCUUCACAGCUGGUAUAAAUGCGCAGAGCCUUCACACACUCGGUCACUCUCAACUUGUGUCUCCCCAUGUAUAGAUUGAUGGAAGUACGAAUGAGCAAGGAACAGGCUGAAACAAAACUGCGAUCAUUAGAAGACAAGCUAUUGGAUGCAAAGGAGGAGGUUUCUCGACUUAGGACGAAGGGAGGAGAAUCCGGAGAUAAGCAUGCAUUGCUUAAGGUAACAAACCUGACAUAUUCUCCCUAAACUGUCUCCCAAGCUACUCCCCAGCGUAGUUAGCUUGAUGGCAAUGCUUCUGCUUCUGCACUUAGUGCUGCAUGUGGUGGGGAUUAAAACUCCUUUGAUGCGUUUUAUACUUUAUACCAAGAAGAUGUAUUGGUCAGGAGAUUUAGAUGUUGGUGGAAAACCUCACUGGAGUUUACAAUUUUGUUGUAUUAUUUUCAGUAUAGUUCUUUCAGAUGAAGAGUAUUAUGCAAUAAACUCUUGGUUAUUCGACUGAAAAAGGUUUCAUUUUAAAUUAUUUUAUACUUGCAGUAUACUAGCCAUGUAAUAGUGUCAGAGAGAAUACAGGUUUUUGGUUAAAUAUUUAUAGAAGAGGUCCUCACAGCCUCUCUGCCUCCUCACACAUUCGCUGCGCACCUGCAGGAGCUACACGAGACCCAAGAUGAGCUAGAUGAUGUGAUACAACUCCGGCAGAAACAGGAAGAGCUGCUGAGACAGAGGGAACGCGAGCUGACAGCCCUGAAGGGAGCACUCAAAGAAGAAGUAGCAAAUCAUGACAAAGAAUUAGACCGUGUCAGACAGCAGUACCAGAACGAUAUACAGCAGCUAAGAAAGAACAUGGAAAAUGUGUCCCAGGUACCAGAAAGGCACUGACCAAUCUGUCACAUAGAGAUUAGCAGAUCAUAAAUGGGGUUGUUCUGGAUAUACUGUUUAGUAAUGGAUGGGAGUCUGAGUGGUGUAUGACCGUUCUCGAUCGCUGUCCAGUAUCCCAUCUCAGUAGAUCCCCACACCUGCAGAAUAAUUGUUAGAGGUUUAAAUGCCUGUUCAAAAAGUCUCUAAUAAAUAAGUCCUAUUAUUCUGCAUAUAAUGUUCGAAAUGGUCACAUUAGCAGCAUCUAGAAUUUUGAAGAUCUAGAACCCACCAGCAGGUCACCAUUCCCAAGGUUCUAGGUAAUGCUAGAACUAAGUUAGCUUUUAAAUGUUCAAAUACAGGGAUUCAUAAAUGAGUUUAUCCUCUCCAAACACCAAUACAUUUUCCCUCAAGUUAAGCCCAACAAGCGUGUAAAUUGCAGCUUGGAUAGCUGAAGUAGGUUAGAGCUUUGACUUAAUUCAAGAUGUGCAAGAACUUAACACACUAAAAGCUUUGCGUGCUUCACUUGUCCUCUCACUCCUAUUACUCUGUUUCUGUUUUCUCAUUGUUGCAGCUGAUAUGGCUACAGCAGAUAAACUUCACUUUUUUAAAUUUAAUAUCUGUCUACUUGAACGCUUCCUUUUGCUCAGGACCAGGUGAGUUUGGAGUCAGAACGUCAGAAGAUCAACCAGGUGGUGCGCAAUCUGCAGCGGGAACUGGAUGAGAGCAGUGACGAGAUAAACCAAUGGAAAGAUAUGUUUCAGAAGAAUAAAGAAGAGCUUCGCACUGCCAAACAAGAGUGAGUAUUGAUCUGUCCUAAAGGAAACGUAUGUUAGCUGGAGGGGCUUGGCACAAAAUGAAAGCCGUGUUAGAUCUCAGUUCUGUCUUACAGCUGUAAGUGUUCAGUAUCCUGGGGUGUUUUUUUUUUUUAUUUUUUAUUUUUUUAUUUUUUUUUAAUAUUCUUCUCCCCAUCAUCAAUAGUACAAGUUUGUGGACAAUAGGGAAACAAAAAGAAAGGGAAAGAACUUCUGCCUAACUAGCCUCGUCAUCCACUAUUUUGACCGCUCCUCAAGCCGGUGCAGGUGACUGCGAUGUCCUUAUGUUCCAGGUUCUUAGUAACGGAGCUGCAGCCAGGUUAUCCAGUGCAUUCACUUAGUCAUGGGUGAGGGGAUGAAGGUGUAGAACAGAGAUAGGCACAGCAAGAGAAUGAUAGAUACUGAAAAAAGACUGGAUGUGAGAGGGAGAAAAUGAAAAAGCAAGGGAGAGUAAGACGGGGUGGUGAACUAGGAUGUAAAAGUUUGCAUUAGUUCUUAAGGGUACUUGUGACACACAAAUACACAGUUUCAGAAUUGCUAGAAAUCACUAAAGUGGUGUAAUCCCUGAGAAAUUACAGAAUUAAAAAAACUAAACCUCAUCUGUCUAAAGUGAAGGCAGAUAUAGCCAUUUGGGAAGUGAUAUUCAGAUUGGCAUUGGAGCCCAGUAGAAACUUGGUAUGUUUGGUAUCCAUGGACAAAGUGUGACCACAGAGUAUUCAAGUAUCCAGCAGGCAAAGGGUACAUGUAAGUAAUAAAUAAAAUUUAACAAAAUUGUGAAUUUAAUAGUAACAUUAAUUAUAUUGUUGGGGUAUAUUGGACAUCUCUGUAAGGAAUUAACCCUUUCUACCAGUGUUAACAAAGGAUGCUAAUUUUUUGUCUAUCUUUGUUUUUAUUGAGGCAUUUAACACAGAAAGUUAGAGCAUGUAAACAAGGUUAUAUAAGUUACUUAAACUCCAGCGUAGAACAGCCUCUUUUCAUAUCUCUCUCUCCCCUCUGGUAUAUUUCCAUUGCCCUUCGAAUAGGCAACUGUAACCCCAAUUCUAAAGAAGCCCAAUCUUGACCCUAACUCCCCAUCCAACUAUCGUCCUAUCUCGCUACUGAAAAAAUUGUGUAUGCGAGAUUGACCGACUUCCUCGAGUCCAACUCUCUGCUAGACCCGCUUCAGUCUGGUUUCCGCGCUAAACACUCUGUGGAAACGGCACUGUCCAAAGUAUCCAAUGAUCUACUCGCUGCAAAAUCUCGUGGUCACUACUCUAUCCUAAUUUUCCUUGACCUGUCUGCGGCUUUUGACACUGUUGAUCAUCGACAGCUUCUUCUCAUCCUCCGCAAUAUCGGUCUGCAAGAUACUGCUCUCUCCUGGUGCUCCUCCUACCUCUCCCAGCGCUCUUUCAGUGUUUCUUUCUCUGGCUCUGCUUCUUCUCCCCAACUCCUCUCUGUUGGUGUCCCCCAAGGUUCAGUCCUUGGUCCCCUACUGUUCUCCAUCUGUACUGCCUCCCUUGGUAAACUCAUUAGCUCCUUUGGCUUCCAAUAUCAUUUCUAUGCAGAUGACAUGCAAAUCUACCUGUCCUUUCCUGAUCUCUCCCCGUCCCUCUUGACUAUUGUCUCUGACUGCCUCUCUGCUGUUUCUAACUGGAUGGCUGCCCACUUCCUUAAACUAAACUUGACCAAAACUGAAAUUUUGGUCUUUCCUCCCUCAAGUGUUGUUACUCCUGUGUCUCCCUCCCUCCAAGUCUACGGUGGUACCAUCAGCUCCACCACGCAGGCUCCCUGCCUAGGUGUUGACUCCGACCUCUCCUUCAAGCCUCAUGUUCAAUCUAUCGCCAAAUCCUGUCAUUUCCAUCUAAAAAUCAUUGCGCGCAUCCGCCCCUACUUAACGCCAGAUGCGACUAAGGUGUUGGUCCAUUCCACUAUCCUUUCUCGCCUUGACUACUGUAAUCCGCUUCUCAGUGGUCUUACGUGCUCACAACUAGCGCCGUUACAGUCCAUAAUGAAUGCGGCGGCGAGGCUCAUCUUCCUGUCCGCCCUUCUGUCAAUCCCUACAUUGGCUUCCUAUAAAAUAUAGAGCUCAAUUUAAAAUUCUGGUUCUUGCUUUCAAAUCUCUACAUAAUACUGCUCCCAUCUAUCUAUCCUCCCUUAUACACAAGUAUGUCCCGUCUAGGCCCUUACGAUCUGCUGAAGACUUACGUCUAUCUUCUGUCCGUACUCCCACCUCUGAUGCUCGCCUUCAAGAUUUCUCAAAGGGCUGCACCAUUCCUGUGGAACUCGCUUCCCUCCUCCGUUAGAUGCUCACCCAGUCUCCACUCCUUCAAAAAAUAGUUAAAAACCCACUUCUUCAUAAAAGCGUAUCAAUUAAACUGUUAAUAGCUCCUGACUGAUUCCUCUUCUGCAACUGUCAUUAGUCUAAUACUAUCCUUACCUUUUUGUGUCAUUUUACCCCACUCCCUCUAGCAUGUAAGCUCAUUGAGCAGGGCCCUAAACCCCUCUGUUCCUGUGUGUCCAACUUGUCUGGUUACAACUACAUGUCUGUUCGUCCACCCAUUGUAAAGCGCUGCGGAAUUUGACGGCGCUCUAUAAAUAUCAUAAUAAUAAUAUAUUACAUGAGAUAACAAUGUAGGUUAAACUACUAGUGUUAGCAGUGAUGUCUGUCUAGUUGUAAGGAAUUUCAGGGCAAUUCCACUAUCAAGUUACACUGCACAUUAAUUGUGUGUUGUAAUACAGGCUUCAAAAGCUGGAGCCUAGAACUGUAGGUGGCAAUGAGAGGCUAAACCACUGAGUGAUUAGAGCUAACUAUGUCAUGUUAAUUCUACCAGCGUAUGCGUGUGAGAGUCGUUUGGGUCUAAUUUCCCUAGCAAAUGAGCACUAGCAACUAGCACUAGAUUGGCAAAGAAUGUGUUAUGCAAGGUGAAUUGCAGAAACAUGGUGACACACCAUUUCCGAAAAAUUUCACCAAUGUCUUAUUGCAUACUGUUAAAUUUAGCGCACAUUAGACAUAGAGCCAGAAUGAAUUUGACCAUUGCAUACAUAGGAGCAAGACAAGAGUAAGUAUUAGAGUACAGUAAUGCAGGUAGAGCAAACAAUUCGGAUUAAUCUAGUUCCCACCAGUAUUGCAUAAAUCAAAUAGGUAAACUAAAUAGUAAAUUAGAGCUCAGUAAACAUUAAAAUAGAGGCAAUGGAAUGGGAGAGGAUGUGUGCUAUUGGCUAGUGUUAUGGGCAAAUGUAAAUAUUACAAGUUUUAGAAUGAAAUGUAUUUCUUAAACUGUGUACUUUGUCUUUAAGAGAGAUUGCAAACUGACAAGGUGUUAGAAAUAGAACAUAUUGUUUUUCAUAACUGUUUCUUUAAGCAAUAACCUCAGUGCAUAAUAUGUUUGCGCCAUUUUGUCCCAGACGAAUUACAAUAACAAUAAUGCAUAAACAAGCUUCAAGGCUAUACUACGACUCUUUCAGUACACAAUAUACUGUGGUAACCCCAAGUUAAUGGAACUUCCCCAAAUCCGGGAAUCUCCCACGACUGUACACUUACGACUUAAUAUAAACAACAGAUAACCUAUUUAGACUUUAAGAUGCCAUCUUGAACUAAGUCAGGAAAAUUUCCAUGACGUAUACACCCUUUAGUUAUGGCCUUGUAUGUUUGCCAAAUUAAGGGAGGUCCUAAAAUGAAUAAAGUAAAUGAACUACGGUAACCUAAAAUGGAGACACCUAAGGUAUAAAUAGGUGUACUUUUAAAUGUUAAGACACAGAGGAGAGACUUGGAGACAGACGCUGCUCCAUCUUAAAAUGACAGAGAGGCUGACAUGAUGACAUGUUCAGAAGGGUAUGUUAACCUAUUAAUGAUAUUUGCAAGCAUGUAAUUUAAUCUUAGAAACUCUGCUAUAAUGGAUUUUAUAUUUAUAUUUUUAUAUAAUAAAUAUCCAAAAGACAAUCUUGCUUCCAAGACAAUCCUUAUUUUAUAUUGUAUUCUCAAUUAUUUAUAUAUGGUAAAUAGAGGAUCUCUUACUAACUAUAUAAAAUUAUGGCUAAGAUAUCUGUAUGGUUAGCUCUACUAAGUUCUAUGCUUUAAAACAUUAUAGUGGUAAAUAAGGGAACCGCCUGCGGUUACACUAGGAACCCAGGAUGGAAAGUUCUGACUCAGCCAAUGCUAAGACUCGGGAAGCUGUGGAGGCUGCUCUGAGUUACUGCAAGGCGGGGGUGAACUGUAGUGUCCAUCCAGCCCCAGGCCGUGUUGAGGGCCUGCAUCAUAGUACCAAGGACUUGCAGCAGAGUCCAAGUCCCUCCCAAACAGGAUGUGGCAGAAGCUCCGGUUGGUAAGGCGCCGCCUGCGGCACACAGUGUCUCACCUCUAUGGUGAAUGCAAUAAGAGCAGAUCCCUGGCGGCUCUCCGUCCAGGCGAGCAAAGUUUAGGAGACUCCAUAGCUCGGGAGGAAACUGCGCCCGGAGGGGGCCAACGUGCCCCACACCCCUCACUUCUUCCCAGCUUUGAGCUGGUGUGGCUGCCACUGGAGCCUCCAGUUGUGUCCAGAAGCAGGCGAAGAUUUAGUCAAGGUGUCUCAGCAUUCCCUCCAUAACAGCAUGCCUUGCUGAUGUACAUGGCUACAUCCGAUGAUCGGAAGAUGGAACGUCUGUCAUUUUGAUGGAAAGCUCUGUGUGUUUUGAGUAAUUUCUGACACUUGUGGUCGGCUAGGGUGAGUUGAGCUGCUCAGUGGGGGAGACUGCAAUAGACAGGAGUCAGUCUGUAGCUGGAGAGUGGCCGCCUCUCCUUGGCCUGUCCCGCCUAGGCCGCAGGCUUUGUGUGAGUCAGGUCAGCAUCCAGUAGCCCGUGGAAGGGUUUGCCGGGUGCAGCGUCGUCUCCCCAACAAGAUUAGAGCAAGCUGCGGCCAGAACGAGGAAGGUGCCCGGACGUAUUCCCUGAUAAUUGGAGCCAGACGCAGGAGCUCUCGCUAGACGCAUCUGGUCAGUUUGGCAGUUAGGCUCCGACCCUCCCUAUUUUAUUUACUGUGAAUGUUCAGUUCUAAAUCUCCAAAAUUUGGUUCCCGAUUCCAGCCAUGAUGGCGGAAAUCCAGUCUAUAUUAAUUCUGAUUUGGUGGUAAAAUUUCUAAAUCUGGACAUUGUUGGUAAAACCUAAGAACAAUGUCCCACAUCUUGAUGUCCAGUCCCAGUGACCACUAAUCCUGUACUAUUGAUGAUGCAUAGUGAGGGCACUUGUUACACACUCAUAAUUUAUUUAAAUUUUUUUACAAUUUUAUCUACAUGAGUUAAAUAAUUAACCACAUCUGCAAUCUGUAUUCAGUCUUCUGCAGAUUAAGCUGGAGAAGGAAGAGUUUGAAGAUGAGUUGAAUGAGACAAAGGAACGAUUCUCUCUACUGCAGUCAGAGCUCGAUCAGGCCAAGAAGGGAUCUAUUGACCGUGGAGAAGUUGAAACCAUUAGAAAGGUUUGUGUAUAAACUGCUUACGGAGCUUGUAGUCGUUAUGUAUUCUGCACUUUGUUAAUCAUACAUGAAGAGCAAUGUAAGUUAAUAUGUGUAUGUACAUCUUUGGUAAAAUUGACAUUUGUUAGUUAUAUGACCCCUGUCUGAGCACAACAAUGGGCUCUCUCUAUGACCACUUUGUCCUUUAAUUCCCACUCCAUCAUAAAUAAUAUGCACUAUGUCAGACAUGUUGGCUAUUCCAGGACAUUUUCUAUUGGCAAAUUCCAUAACCUGGAUUUCACUGCUCAGUCUUGCUGCAUUUGUUUUUUGUUUUUUUUUCGUGCUUGGUUCGUCAUGUUAACAUCAACAUUAAGGAGCAUUGUUUAGGUAUAGUUCUUGCGUUACAUUGUGGGUUUUUAAUUUUUUUUUUUUUAUUAUUGUGCAGGUAGCUACAUAGCUUUGUCAGGACGGCACAACAGCAUUUGGGUAUAGAUGCAUACGGGUUGGAUAGUGGCAUGAGCCUUUGCACAUUUUUAAGAGAUUUAAGCCAAGCUUAACGUAAUGAUUAGGUCUUUACAGUAAAAGUUAAACAGUAAAAAUUAAACCGCUUGUGGAACAUGCUUGUGGUGUAUUAAGUCUGAUUUGGUACAGACUAAUAUAUAUUUAUAUUUAUAUGUGUGGCCCUUCUAAAGUGUAAGCAGGCUAUAACAUAUUAAACAUAAUGGUCUGCUGGCUGGUAAGCGCGGUGUGUGUACAUAGCUGGUGUGUUCUGGGGAGGACCAUUUAGGUGAGCCUGUGUAGCUUUGCUAAUGUAUUUAACCCCUAGAGCACCUCUGUGUAGGUUUGCGUAUGUAUGCGGCUAAGUUGCCAAGAUAGCUUAAACUCCAACGGAAAACAAUAUAAAAUGAUACACUGUACAAUGGCAUAACAUGAAGUUGGCUUACUGGUGUGGAAGGGCAUAUUGGAGCAACCUGGUGCUGAUUGCAGGAUAGAGAACUAUGUCCUUGAGGCGUGCGAGUGAUGUGUUGGGGUGGCAUGUCUAUGUCAGCCGAUGCCUCUACUUGGCAUAGCUGAUGGUGAGUCUCUUCAUAUAUAUAAUAACAUUAACAGGAGGAUUUGAAGCACUGUUUCUCAUAUCAAAGAGGUGAGGUAACAAACCCGGGGUUGGGCUAUUAGUAUCAGGUGUGGUAGGUUGUGUGCUAGUCCCCUGGGAUACUCCAAGUUUGAGGGUGUGGAAAUGCUCAUUAGUUCUGGUUACGACAGAGCAGAGUGUGUAAGAGCAUGUGUAUGGGUGUUGCAUUUUUGGAUCAGGCCUGUCUUUUCGGAUGCCUGUGUAUACAUGUCUAUGGAGCCCCUAUUAAUUUUAGAUAUGGUGGAUUGUCCGGUGUGUAUGUAACUCCGGAGCACGUGGUACAUCAUGUGGCAUCUUAUCUGUUACCCCUUACCUUGGGGGGGGGAGGGGGAGGGGCAGAGGGUUGUCUAGGGUAGGUGCCAUCGUUUUAUCGGUCGUAGGGGUCUGUUUGGCCUUGUUGUGCGUGUGGAUACCAUGUGUAAAUAGUAGUGCUUAUAAAAAUAACAGUAAUAAUAAGAAAAAACACAUAAGGAAGAAGAGUUGCAUGCGUGAGAUUGAACACGGGUAUAGGUAAUCAAGGAGAUCAUAACCAAACAACGUAAAAGUCUUGGUCAUUAAUUGGGUGUUGAUUUUUUUUCAGGCUCAGUCCUUGGUCAAGUGUUUAGAGUCUGUGGGUCCCCUAUCGGCUGGGCAGGCUUGGGGCUGUCAUCUGGUUCCCAGUUCUCUGUGUGACUAGCAGGUGUGGAGGGGAGUUGCAAGGGUUGUAGUCCUAUUGCAGUUAGGAAGGCAGGUGCUCCAGACAGAGUUGUGAGGUUAUGAGCAGUCCCGUUGUGAUGGACAAGCAGUGAGCCCGUGUGCCCCCACCUGUAGGCUAUUCCAGCUGUACAUAGUGAUGCUGUCACUGGUCCAAAGGUUUUACACCUCAGUAAUGUGGCUCUAGUAAUGUCCUGAAAGAAUAAGAGCUGGGAGCCUCUAAAGGCCAGCGGUGUUUAACCUUUUAGGGCUGUCAUUAUUUGUAUUUUGUUAUGUACCGUUAUGCAGCGCAGGAUGACAUCUCUGGGUGUGCUGGGCAAAAUAAGGACUGAACCUGUGACUUGGUAGGUCCCGGCCAGGACGAUUUUCUUGGCUGUUGCCUGGGGUAAUAUUGUGGAGAGCAGCUGCCAAGUGUAGUGUGGCAAUUCCUCAGUAGAGACUGUGGUGGGUACACCCCGGAUUUUAAUGUGUGUCCGGCGUUGUUUAACCUCUAGGGACAUAAUUUGAGCAGCUAGCACUGUUGCUCUGUUUGAAUUCGUUGGAUGGAGUCUUUGAGGGUGGAAGCCUCGUCUUGGACGUUUGUGAUGUCUGCCUCUGCAGUUCUGACACUGUCUGUUACAUGUUUUAUGUCUGCUUUGAUCAUCGCGACUUCAGCUGCCAGCAGUUUUUGUAUAUUAAUUAGGAGUGCUUUUAGGUCCCCUUUAGUGGUGGGGGCUGAGUCAUCUUGGGAUUCAGGCGGUAGUAAGUGUUCCGCCUGGGGAGCCGUUGUGGCGGCUGGUUCACCCCUGUCCGGAUCGGAGGCCGGGUUGCUGGCGAGGAGGUGUGUGGCGUGUGCUGACUCAGGAUGUACAGGCCGAGCAGCAUCUCCCCGAUAUCCCUGCCUUGUGUGUAGGGGCCAGUUGUGGGUUUUUAUGAGCGGUGGCCCAUGGUAGUCCUACCUUCAUCUGAGUUGGGUAGGAAGAGUUCCGGGUAGUUCCCGCCGAGGUAGGCCUCAUGGCCCAGGAGUGGUGUUGGGUGCCUGGAAGAAAGGCAUCAAUCGGUGUGGUAUGUGUCGUUGGUAGGUGCUAAGUGCUUUUGGUGGGUAGAUGGGGCUUGGUGAGGGAGAUUUUCAGCAGAUUGUCUCUGGGUUUGGGAGAGCAAGCUUAGAUGGCGUCUGUACAGGAUGGCUGCAAGGCCCUUGCUGCAUUUUAUUAUCUAAUUUUUUUUCGCCUAUCCAACUUGCAGGAGCUGCAGCGUGCUCAGGACCAGGUGAAGAAGCUAUCAGUGGAUAAGCAGAGAUUUGAGGAUGACCUCCACCAACGAGAGAGGGAGUUGUAUGCUGUAAAAGGUGCCUUAAAAGAUGAAGUGUCUGAACACGACCGAGAUAAAGAGACUCUGCGGGAACAGUUCCAAAGUGAGAACGAACAGAUCAGAAAGGACUAUGAUGACCUGCUCAGGGUAGGGGGCUCUGUUCUAGUACAUCGAUGUAAUGUGAAGAAGCUGUAUAUAUUUUAACAUAGGCAAAAAACAUCAGAGAAGAUAUUGGAGUAUGUAUUUUUGAGCCAGAGGUUAUAUUGGGGUUAAAGAAGGGGAGUAUUUUCCUAAAAAGUAGAAUCCAGGUCCAAAGUUAGAUGCCAGACCAAAAAAAUAUAUAUUUUUUUCCCUACCCAAAGUGGGAACCCGAUUAUUUAUAUUGAAAGAUCAAUUGAAAAGAUCUUCAGCAAAGGAAGGAUUUGGGAGUUUCUAUAGUAUGUUGUGCAAUCAGGUUAUUUUGACAGAUCUGACUUGUUUUCUUUAGUAGCCUUAAAAAGAUUAUUUUAUUUUAUUAUGGAAAAAUACAGCAAGCUUGUAUCUAACUCUGAUUGUUUUAAAAUGAUUUGACUAUCUGUGUGGUCUGUUGUAAGUGAAACUAAUUCAAUCAAGGCCAAAAUUCAGCCUCUCUCCAAUAGUUUGAAACCAGAAACUGGCCCUUUGGUCACACAGUUUCCCAUCAUCGUUCUAAGAGGAACUUGUUUAUGCAUUAUGAAAGCCUGACAUUGGGCUAAUUUUGAUCAGUCUAGUGGUUUUAAUCUCUAGCAAGGAUAGGAAACUCUUAUUUUAAGCAUAUACAUUGUGCAGUGAGUCACCUGCUGGGUAAAUGGUAUCCAAUUACAAUGUAUAAUGGCACCAAAUUUACCAGAGUAGUUAAACUGAAAUGAUGGACUCCUUCCCAUCCAUGAAUCGCUGAAAACUAUAUUUGCAAGAUUAUUCCACAAAUGCUGCAUUUAUUGGUAAAAAUCACAUGAUAAACAACAUUGCUGGCAGAAGCAAUAUAAACACUUUCUUGUCCAUUAUAGCGGAUAUUCUGCUGUGAGAGAUGCUGUGACGAAAUGCAUUUUGUCACUGGAUUUUUAGGUGACAAGCUGCCCUUUGCCCCUGGCUGUUGGAGGAGCCUGAGUGCCAGCCUGCUGACUAUGGCCAUUGGUUGUAUGGCCCUUUACAAACAUUAUUUGGGCUAAUGGAUUUAUAUUGUGCUGCUGCUGGCCCUUUUAGAACUGCAUUGUGGUUUAUGGACUUGUAUUGGACCAUGCUGGCCCUUUAAGAACAAUCUGGGGAUAUAUUGAGACUUUGUGUGACAAUGCCCCUUUAAGACUAUGUCCCCACACCUUUAAAAUACUUUGUUUAUGGCUUUCUCCCACUUGGUUCAGUAAAUGGAGCUUACUGAAUCAAGUACCACACAGGCGGACCACCCAGAAGUGUAAGUGUGCAGGCAAUUUACCUGCCAGGCUGGGAGCUUGCUGUAGGUAAAUUGCCGACCACUGGGUGGCCGCUGUUCGCGCAAACGAACACGUGGCGGCGCCAUCUUUGUUCAUUCGAACGAGGUCAGCGGUAUGUGUAAAUUCAUGGAACUGAAAUCGACUACACAUUUUCACGAACACGGCUGACCCUUAAAAAUGUGCCUGCGGUCGGUCAUAAAGGACUUCCGUCUAACUUUUUAUCUACUGGAUGGAUUUGUCUGAUUUUUGAGUGUUUAUAUUUAAAGUGUGUUUAUUCUGAAUAUGUCAUUUUUAUGAAGCUUGGAUGUAUAUUUUUAAAGUUACAGUGUAUGUAUAAAAACUGUAUUUUUCCUGUCAGUAAUAAUUAUGUUAACCAUUGUGUACCAUAAUUAUAUCACAGGCAGAGGGGAAGAUUUUAUGUGUAAUUGCUGGGAGUGUUUUCUGUAAUGUACGUGUGUUAUUGGUUGUUCUGUAAAACACUGUGGAUGGUCCUAUGUAUGGAAAACCUGCAUAAAAGAAGGCCCUUUGGUGCCAAUUAAUAGAGAUCUUGUACCUUCAUGAAGUUUUGGCUCAUGUUUGGGGGAUUGGAGAACUACACUCUGGGGAUUGCUAAAAUCAUUAUACUCCCCAGGGUAUAUUCACUAAGCUCUGCUAAGAGCUUGUUCCUGUUCCUGCUCUCUGGAAUUCGGAGAGGUCGACCUACUGGAAGCUGGACCCUGGUCUUGGGUCCAGAGUGGGUGGAGACAGCGAGACCCCAACCAAGCUGCGGCGGUUCGUGGGGUCUGCAGUGGUUAUGGUGUCGGGCAGAGUGCUUGGAAUCCUCGUAAAGCACUAGGAGCAUCCGUCAGCGGAAGGUACCCGGUCGGGGUGCCAGCGGUUCCAUUACAGAUGCCAUGCAAAUAAUAAUCCGUUUAGGAGAAUCAAGCUAGAUCGAGACUAACUGAAAUAAUCCAACACUCAUUGAAGACCGAAAUUUUGACCAUUGCUGUCCAGAACACAGAGCAUGUUCCUUAUUUAGAUCUCAUAGGCUGCCUGAUGAUGACCACCGCUUAUUAAAGUAUAAAUACAAGCCACUGCCAUACUGAAGACUACAAAUGCAACCCACCAACAUCCAGUACACAGAUCUCCUAGACUUCUCUUGUUGAAGUACACAUAGAAAUCAUAGCCAGCCAGAGGACAGAAAUCAAUAUCUGCAUUGAAUUUAGUUGUCAUUGUGUUUUGUUUAUUGUGGAAGUUUAAUUGGUUAGAUAUCUUGCAACAUGUUUUUGUGAGUGCAUAUUAAAUCAAACCUAUCAACACAGGUCACGCUAGUUUAGGCACAGUGCCGAUGUAGCCAUGGUUUGUUACAUACAAUGUUCUUGCAGAAAUUCUACUGAUUUACAUGUCUUGUACACUAAGAGGUUUAAAAGCAACACCGUUAGUGAAGGUUAUCUCCAUUAAAUCCAUCUUGCAGGAUCUGCAGCGAGUUCAGGAACAGGUAAAGCAGCUCUCUGUGGAGAAGCAGAGACAGGAGGAUGACCUGCAUUUGCGAGAGAAAGAGCUGUCUGCUCUGAAAGGAGCGCUGAAGGAGGAGGUUUCUGAUCGUGAUCGUGAGACAGAGCGACUGCGUGAACAACUCCAGAAAGGGAAUCUGAAACUCAAAAAGGACUAUGAGGAUUUGCUUCAGGUGAGUGGUACAGCACGUGUUUUUAUUAUUCCACAUGGCCUCAACUAGAACUCCAGCGAAAGGUAGGUGUUGGUAUUUGGUACAUGGAAAUGGAUAUCCUGAUAGACAGUGCAAGAUAUAUGGUUCAUGAAAUGGGUAUGUACAGACACUGUUAGUGUUGUUGGCGUUUUUUUUUUUUUCUUCUUUUAUUUACUUUUCCCCCAAUCUCUUUUAGACUAUCAAAAAGCUGGAGAAUGAGAAGGCUGAGUCUGAGCGCUUGCGAAAAAUUAUUGAGAGCACUCUUCAAGAGAGUAGGGACGAGAAUGAUGACCUCAGGAGGAAGAUUUUGGGCUUGGAGGCUCAGAUUAAAGAGCUGAACACAUUCUGUGAUGAUCUUCAACGUGCAGAGACUCGACUCAAGGACAAGAUCAGCAGACUUGAGGUUUGUGUAAUGGCGAUUUCGUUUUUUUUUUUUUUUUGUGUACAUUAUGUUAAACAGUUACUCCAGCCUCCAUGACCACAUCUGUUUUAAGAAGUGGUUAUGGAGCAAUAACUCUGUAUGUGAAGUGAUUUAUCCUUGAAUUGCUGCAUGUACAGUGAUAUCCUCACUUUUGUGCCUGGAUCUAGUUGCACCACCGAUAAAUGUCUUGGGCAGUCCCGAAUGGAUGGGAGGGUGGACAAUACAGAUUGAGGAGAGCUUGGCCUAGUGCUGGCUUCCAGGUAUUCUGGUGGUGGGGGUAGAGACAUAUAAUGCUAUUUAAUUAAAAUUAUUUAAUUGGUCUAUUAUCAACAAUCUAAAAAGAAUGCACAAACUAACUGGAGUAACCCUUUAACAUAAGCUUUUAAUAUAAAUAUGAUAUUCAUUAAGUUGAAUGAUUGGGUCUUAGAACAGAUGGAUAUUAACACCAUAUUUAUGUAAAUAUUAUAGCAUCUAAUGAUUGUAUUUUACAUUCUUUGUUGCUCUCUUAGGCUAAUCGCCAGCAAAUGGAAGAAUCCCUGGGAGAAGCCACAGACCAGGGACAGGAGUUUGCUAUGGUAAGGCGGGAUCUGGAGACAAAACUGGAGGAGUCUCAGAGGAGUCUGAGACGACUGACAUUGGAGUACGAUGAGCUUCAGGAGUGCUACCAGGAAGAAAUGAAGCAGAAAGACCAGCUGAAGAAGACCAAGAAUGAGUUGGAGGAACAGAAGCGUCUAUUAGACAAAUCCAUGGACAAACUUACCAGAGAGGUGCACAGCAGUUUUUCUAUAUAGUAUUUAAAAUAAGUAAAAUGCACAAUACUUCAUUUUUGUCAUGUGCUUAGUGCGAAAUAAAUGGCUCAUCACAUAAGUGUGAGUACAUGGUAGAAAGAAAACUACAAAUUAGACUUUCUGACGUGCAAUGCCUUGUCUUACAGCUUGACACCAUGUCUACGGAGUCUCGUGGAUCUCUGCAGGUGCUUCAGGCCCAAUUGGAAGAGUAUAAAGAAAAAUCUCGUAAAGAGAUCAGUGAGGCACAGAAACAAGCUAAGGAGAAGUCAGCCGAGGUAGAACGGGUCCAAAUUAAUGCUACUCGUCUGCAGGAGGAGGUAAGGACCCAGAGAUGAAAGAGUUAGGACACUUCCAAGAACUAAUGCGCUGUGUAGAUUGAUGGUUAGAGUUGUCUUGGUGUAUGUAGCAGCCUUCUUGUGUCACUUAGUUACUAUAUGCAUCAGCAGGAAGAGCAAUAUAUAUUCCAAACUGCCAUAGUUUGAUCCCAGUCUGUUUGUAUGUCCAGGUACAGAAACUGAAGCAGGCUUUGCAGGAAAGCCUAGCCGAUACUGAAACUGCCAUAUUAGACAAAGAGUUGGUUGCUAAGCGGCUUCAGAGUCUGGAGGAAGACAUUGAGUCCAAGAAGCGGGUCCAGGAUGACCGUUCAAGGCAGGUCAAGGUGCUAGAGGUUAGUAACUUCUUUUCGGUUUUUCAUUGGAAUGAGUUUUUGAGUGCAUGUCUAAUUAUUUUUACAGGCUCCUCCUAUAUUUUUGUAUUUUUUUACAACUCCAUGUAAAUCUGAAUGACUCUGUAAUUGCUUUUAUAUACUCAUCCCAAUUAAGUGUUAGUGGAAAUGCUGAAACACAUCUGUUUUGCAGGACAAGAUGAAGCGUCUCGAGUCGGAAUUGGAUGAAGAAAGGAAUACAGUGGAACUACUUACAGAUCGGGUUAACCGCAGCAGAGAUCAAGUAAACUUCUACCCCUUUCCGGGAUUUGAGUUAUUCUUUGUGGAUGUAGACAGAAAUUGGAUUAGUAUAAUACAUGGAAAGCACAGCGAGUGGCGACCCCUAGAGUGCAGGUGUAUUGUCUAGUCUUUUAGCAUGCACUUAAAAAAAAAAAAAAAAAAAUACAGUUAAAUUUUUCACCUUCCUUUCAUAUCCGAUGGGGUGCUAGAGUAUAACCUCUAUUAUUUAUAGGGACAAUAGGCGUAUUUUUCCACAGCUGUGCAGAUGGUAGGUUCAAAGGGUCUAUACUAUUGUGUGGUACAUCUCUGGCUGUCACGGAGGCACCUACUGAUAUAACUUAAGCAGCACUGUCACCACCUGGGGAGUUUUCUGAAUUCGCAGAGACCCCCCAAUGGUGACAUCAAAGCUGUGGGACCGUGGAGGACAAGUGAAGGUGAGAUUUUUAUUCAAACCUUUCCCUCACGGGUGCAUCUUGUUCCAGCAGGUCCUCUUCAGUAGCUCCAUUAGCUGCCAUCACUGCUGUUCUCUCAAGCAUGCCAUAGACAGAGCCAAGUCAGACAAAGGAAAUAUGUAUAUAUAGUCCUUAGCUUGUCUUUGUAUAGCUCUUGAUGGGGUUCGAAUUUCAGUGCAAUUCCAACACCGUUAAAAUUGGAAUUUCACGAAGAAAUGGUUUGACAGUGCUUCUUUAAAAAAGAACAAUGCCUUUUAUUUUUUUCAAUAUAAUCUAAUUCAGUAUUAUAUAUUUUUACAAUUCCCAUGUUUUUAUGAACUAAUUAACAUCCUUAAGAAAUGUUCUGAAUGUUAAGAAAUUCUCAUAUCUUCCUCACACUACUGUUAUCUUAUGAUGUUGCACUUUAACACAUUCAGUGGCUUGCUCUGUGAAUUUGGUGAUCACACCCAAAAAAAUGGAAAGUGCUCAGUCAUGAUGGGGGGAAAUUGUAAAUAAUUUACUCUCACAUUGUUUUUUUGUAUUUUUGUCCAUAUGCCACUCUGUUUCUUACAUUGUGUUGUCUUUCAGACUUCACCAGCUUUUUAAAUCUUUUCUCCUUUCAGAUGGACCAAUUGCGAGCAGAGUUGAUGCAGGAGAGGUCUACACGGCAGGACCUGGAGUGUGACAAGAUUUCCUUGGAGAGACAGGUGAUAUUAUCAUGGUCUAUAUUGGAAUGUGUCCAUCUCUGUGUUCCACUAAUGUUCUUUUCAUCAACCAUUCCCCGUGAUAGCCUGAUUUCUCCUGAUUUAUCCCACAUUUCAUCAUUGUUUUAAUAGCCUCUGUCCUUGUUCUUCUUCAGAACAAAGAUCUGAAGAGCCGAUUGGCUAGCAAUGAGGGCCAGCAGAAACCAAGUGCCAAUGUCACUCAGCUGGAAGCAAAGCUGCAGGAUAUACAGGAAAGGCUGCAAUCCGAGGAGAGGUAAACCGUGUCACAUAUCACUUUUAUGUUGAUCCGCUUACAUUACAUAAUGUCUGUAGAAGAGACCAAUCUGGCAUUCAAGUUAAGUGUUAAAGCUGCACUCAAAUACUCCAUUAAUUAAAAUGUCUUUAAAAAUGAGAAGUGUUCUGGAGGACAAGGUUCAAUUGCUGUAAGACUUACCUAGUUGCCUCCAAGGCAGCAUUGCAAAUGCAAACGUAUUAAAAGGCAGUUAUGGUAUAUUAAGUAGGGAAAGCCUUUUAGAUUUCUUCUUCUUUAGUGGGUUGUUCGUUUAUAAUCCUUGCUGAUUUAUAUGAAAAGGCUGCAUAAUUCUUAUGAGUCUAAUUGUUCUCAUUCUUUUAUUUAAUGGCUUUCUUUUCCCUGUUAUUUUGUAACUCCUGUGCCAUGCUGCACCCUGUGUUUACUGUCCUGCUUCACCCCAUGCAGUUUUUACGUCCCUGCUGCAUACCUCCCAACAUUUUAAAUGGACAAAGAGGGACACUUUCAUUUUAGGGGUGUGAUCAGGGGCGGCCUGUUCUGAGAAAUUUUAGGUAAUUUACUAAUGGCAAUUUAUACAACUAAAAUGUAAUUUAAAACAAAAUCAAUGUAUCCUAUCCACACAGGCUGAUUUCUAAACACAUUUAUUGUAGCUUAAAUAUUACUGUGGAGCUCUGUUAUACACUCAGACACACCAACAAUAUGGGUCUCUUAGAAAAGAGGGAAAAUAGGAUAGAGGGGCAGAGGGAACUGGGCACUAAAUAGGGGCAUUUGGGAGGUAUGUUCACCCAAUGCUUUCACCUCCCAACAUAACCCUGCACUGAUUGUAUUGCCCUAGUGCACCAUUUACAUCUUUACUGCCAUAGUGUAUCUCCUGUUUCACGGUGCUGUAUACACCAUGCAAUGCUGUAUGAGGACAUAUAUAUAAUCUAAAAGGUGAACCUGCAGAAUUGCUGGACUACUUCUAGAGGACAUAGUGAGUAUGGUAGAUUACCUUAUCUUUAACAUUAAUAUGCAUGGAGAUUGCACACACACACACACACACACACACACACACAUAUAUAAUGUGUGUGUGUGCAAUCUCCAUGCAUAUUAAUGUUAAAGAUAAGGUAAUCUACCAUACUCACUAUGUCCUCUAGAAGUAGUCCAGCAAUUCUGCAGGUUCACCUUUUUAGAAAGUAGCUUCAGGUUAUAUUUUCAAAAGGAAAUUGACUGCUUAGGGCAAUUAGAAAUACAUUCUCCGGUAUUUCAUUGUAUGAUAGGAUUUGAAACACUUAUAUCAUUAAUGUGCUUGAGUAUCGUUAAACUUUUUGUUAACGCAUUAAAAUGUGUGAUCAUCCUGGAGUCUUUUUUGUUUUUGUUUUUUUCUUUCUUUCAAUUCGUUAUUUUUCUUGUGCUUGUAAUUACAACAUGCUUGCAGCGCCACGACGGCAUGUACAAGUUAUUCAACGUCAUACAAUGUCAUGGCAGAGUAAACAGCACAUUUAAAUGUUUUAGAUAGAAUAGGCUUGGUACGUGUGGAUAAAACUUUUAUAGCUGAGCUAUACAUGCAUUAGUUGAGUAGUUAUUAUGCAAUUAGUAAGUUACAUGCUAAUAACGUCCGGUAUAGAUUUCUCCACACUGCUUUAAAUUAACCACCAGGGGGCAGCGAGUCACUGAGAUUGCCAGGUAACGCAUAUAGUUAGGCUCAGACAUUUUUAAGUGAUUUCUCUGCAGUGAUAAAUUCAACUGUAUUAAAAUCAUAAAUCAUGUUAAAAGGACAAUGCUAAACUAAAGAAUAUACAGUGCUCUGCUAGACUUUCAUUAUACAAGGUUAGCAGCCGCUUAGUUACUCCUGCAGCUGUGCUGGGUCGGCUGGCGUCCUGGCCAUCAUCAAGUCCCUUGUGUUUCCCACUGGUUGCUUGAGUUCGCUUUUGUGCUUCUGCCAGCAUCAGCCUUGGGUGCAAAAUAAAGCCUGCGUAACCCAUAGAAAGGGCCGUGCAACAGGCUAGCCAUGCAAUGGACAAAGACGGACAGGGCUAAGAUCAAAAGCGCAGUGAAAGAAGCCACUAGCAGACCCAUAACUAACCAAACCUAACGAAUGCAUCACCAAGGCCCACGGAGCAGUGACCAACUGGACCGCCCUGACACACCCGACCAACUACGGCAAUAUCCAAGACAGCCACACCACACCCAAAAGGGAUUAAACAUAUAAGACCCACAAAGGGGGAGGGAAACAAAAAAAAAAAAAACCUACCCCUAAGGACCCCGGGGAAACACACACAGGACACCGCAGACCUCCACACACCACACACCAGCUCGCACAUGACGAUAUAAGGGACGACUACAGCAUCACACCAGAACAGGCCAACGUUUUUUUUUAAAAAUAAUUGAGCUACCGUGAAGACAGCACACCGACUACCAUGCUAUGGUAGAGCAAUACAAACAGUCAGCAUCUGCACGGACAUAUUGCCCGCCACCUUUGUUAUACGGGCAGAGCCUCUGAUCAGGCGAUGUUGACGCACAAGUUUGAAUCAGAAGUUUGAAUUCAAUGUACAUUAGCCUAAUUAAUACAAACGUAAAAGUAAAAACAAUUUAACACGCAACACCUGCAGAAACCAACUAACACAAACACCAGCACACACCAGCUAACAUAAUGCAAAUACACAAACCCGCUGAUACAAACUACUGUACGACCAAGCCAACACAAGACAACAAUAUAAACACAUUCACACACUUAUGUCAAAAAAUCAAUUCUCACAGACACAUAAUGGUAGCCCAUACACCACCUAUUGACAUCACCACCAAACAUGCCUGAUACAACACUAACACACAGCAUUGCCAAACCGGUUUAACGAAACUAAUGUACUUAAUUCUGCAAAACUUAUGUACCCUUAAAAAUUUGUCAUGACAUGAUUACUUUGACAUAUUCAUGUAUCGAUAACAGCGCCUCUGCGCAGGUGAUUGACUGCUUAACAUCAAAAAAGUUUGCAAUGGAAUUUAUGUUAUGGAAACAAUAAACAUAUUCAAAACAAAAUAAAGCCUGCGUGCUGUGCCCGCUGCUCCUUUGUGUGGGCAGAGUGAGAGUCCAGGUAAAGUCCCCUUAGGUCUGCCGGUAACAUAGGGAGUUGUAGCUUCCGAUUAUGUACAUGGGAGCUCGUUCUCCGGCUUGUAAUGGGCGCGGUGGCCAUCUUGGAUUUUGCCAUGCGGUCCUUGUUUGAUCAUUUCGCUGCUCGGAUGGUAGAAGCAGUCACUGCCUCUCCAGUGGGGAGAAGGGGCUCUCAGGAGGCGUGCGAGAGGUCCUGCCGGACUAAGCACGGGAGAUCGGCCGUUUCUCCCGCCAGAACCUCACGACAAGCCUCAAUCCCAGCUGCCCAUCAGUCAGCAUUACCGGCAGGACGGGGGCUGAUAUUGACAACGAGGGUGGUUGCUCGUGUCCCCUUUGCCUUCUUGUGGCUGUUGAUCGUUAGUUUCAGGGAAAAAAGGUAAUUUUUGCCAGACUGUGAUAUUUUCAUAGCCGAGUCGAGGAACCCCACGUCCAUCCGGCUCGGCGGUCAGGCCCCACCCCCCUUCAUCUUGGAGUCUCUUUAACCUAUGACAUUAACCUGUGAUGUCCUUUACCAAACCACUAAAUUUUACAUUUAUCAUAUGCAACAUAUUUUCUUACAGUAGAAUAUAUGUGUGUGUGUGUGUGUGUGUGUGUAUAUAUAUAUAUGUAUAUAUAUUUGUUUGUGUGUAAUACAUAUAGAUUUAAAUUUUUUAAUAUCUUGUGUUUUAGGGAAAAGAGCACCCUGUUGUCUUCAAACCGCAAACUGGAGCGAAGAUUGAAGGAAUUAAACAUUCAGCUUGAAGACGAGCGGCUGCAGGUUAAUGACCAAAAGGACCAGGUAAACAAAAAAAAAAAAAAUGUCCAAAAGUGACAACUGUCGCUCAGGAGCUAUAUUUUGUUUUUACUGUCUUACACCUGCACUAAGAAUAUUGCUGUUACACACACAGAAAGUGGUUGUGUUGGAGUUUUUGGGGAAAACCAAGUAAUCUGACAUCACUUCAUUUCUGUUUCCUCACCAGCUUUUACUGCAAAUAAGCUAUUUCUUCAGAAUGAUCCUAACGAAAGAGAAUGCCGGCAUUGUGAUUACUAUGACCUGCCAGUCUUAUAGGCUUUGUGUCUGUGUUUCUCCCACAGCUGAACUUGCGGGUUAAAGCUUUGAAGAGACAGGUGGAUGAAGCGGAGGAAGAAAUUGAGCGACUGGAGGGGCUGAGGAAGAAAGCUGUGCGAGAGAUGGAGGAACAGCAUGAGAUGAACGAUCAGCUACAAGCCAAGCUCAAGGCCUUGGAGAAGGAAUCUAGGUAAGAAUCGGGGAAUGGGGCGGGCAGAGAAUUAACCCCUUAAGGACACAUGACAUGUGUGACAUGUCAUGAUUCCCUUUUAUUCCAGAAGUUUGGUCCUUAAGGGGUUAAAAGGAUGGAUUUUACAGGUCAGUCUCCCAUGGCUGAAUCUCUUAUUUAACAAAAUAAAUAUUUUUUGAUUUUGUUGAGCUACAGUCACUUUGCACAUAUUACAGCAUUUAUUGAAUCUAGUUAAGGAAAUCACCCCAACCCACAUUUAGUAACAUCUUCUCAUUUAAGUACCACUAUAUCCUUAAAGGGAUACUAUAGUCACCAAAACAAAUUUAGCUCAAUGAAACCGUUUUAGUGUAUAGAUCAGGCCCCUUCGGUCUCACUGCUCAAUUCUCUGUCAUUUAGAAGUUAAAUCACUUUUGUUUUUGUUUACGCAGCACUAGCCACACCUCCCCUGCCUGUGUCUCACACGGUCAACUUGAAAAACAUGGUUUAAUUUGCAACCAGAUCCUAAAGCAAAGUGUGUGUAAUACACACUAUAGACUAUCUUUUCUCCUGCUCUGUUAAUUGAACUUUAAUCACACCGAAGGCUUCUGUGGACUCAGCAGGGUAACAGCAGAGCUGGAGAUACAAAAUUCUACAUUAAACACUGUGCAAUACAGGAGGUUUAAAAAAAUAGAUCUCUUUACAAUACGUUGGUAUGGAGGCUGCAUGAAUAACAGGUAUGGUAAGAUGAGUCACAGACUAGGGCUACAUAAACUGAUGUAACUCCUAAAUGGUAGAGAAUUGUGCAGCAAGACUGCAGGGAUAUGAUCUAUACACCAAAUCCACUUUAUUAAGCUAAAGUUGUUUGGAUGUAGUGUUAGGAAUACAAACCUAGUGCAUGUUUUUAAAGGUAGUUUUAUUUACCUUUACUCCCUUGCUGCGUCCACCCUGAAUCCUCAGCUGAGAUCAUCCAUUUUGGCAAACCGCAUCACUACGCCAAUCAAAUUCUCUUUUAAAAGAUACAUUUGAUUCAAUAAGAAUAACAAUGCAGCACUAAAAGGUCAGGGCCCCUGUACCCAGACCAAGCUGAUUAUUUUUUCUUUUAGAGUAACUAAAAAGUCCCUUCAUUUUUAGCCCAAAUUCCUUUAAAAUAAGAACAAGACGGUAAUGCCAGUCCUCAAAAGGGUCUCCCUCACAUUUAUAAAUGUUAUCUGCCAUGAAUAUGCUUUUUUUUUUUUUUCUCUCUCUCUCACUCUUUAUGUAGACGUAAGCCUGUGCGACACAGUGCCGAUGAUGAUCUCAGCUCCGAUGGAGAAUAUGACGGACCAUACGAUCCCAGCUCCAUAACAUCGCUGCUGACAGAGAGCAACCUCCAGACCAGCUCCUGCUGAAAAUCCAGAUAAUAAAAUAAAUGACUAUUCUGACUGGAGUGUAGUUGUGACAAAUUGAUCAGGGAAGUUCUGAUGGAAACUGGUGACCCCUGACUGCCAAAGAAUCGAAGUUUCUCCAUGAAACCUCUUGACUAGAGAACAAAUUUAGGAGGGAAAAUUCAACCAAAUGUGUGUAAAUCAACCCUUCGUGAAUGUAAAUAUCUCCCUUUUACUGCAAGCAGUGCAGGUUUGAUAAGAGCGCAGUGCCUCCACCCAAACGUAGCACAUACCCCCAACAGAAGAACUCUAAAGAAGAACUUUAUGCGGAAGAGCCAAUCUUCCAUACUAGGGCUCAAAGGAUAGAUUGAACCUGCGGUGCCUUACAGAGAGACUGCUAGGCGGAGACUAUUUGAAAUCCUACUGCUAAUUAUCACUACACUCAAGGAGAUGACUUUAUGUGCUUACUAAUGAUUGUUUAACCAAACUUUAUGCCCCUCAAUUCCUAAGAAUUUCCAUCUUCCUGUCAUCCAGUCAGGUUUGCUAUUUACAGAGACUUACUUCUGACAGAGGCCCCAAGAGUACUGAAGCAUUUUUCUUGUCCGUCACUAAAUGGCUAAAAAUGUAUUUUCCUUAAAGAAAAUUAACAGAAGAUUGUACAGCUGAAUGGUACAUAACAGCUAUAAGUUGGGUCUAAAUGCCUCAUCCUUUGCAUUGAAACCCACUGAGAAUAUCGUCCAGGCAGCCUAAAACUGUGGGGGAAGCCCAUUGGGUUAUAAUGGUGACAUUCUGUAUACUGCGUGCAGGAAAAAGGUUACACUGUUAAUUUAUUACUUUGAAUCAUACUCUGAAUUAAAUUACAAUAUAGAAUGUAAAAUCGUCAAUGUUUGACAUGGGAGAAGGUGCUGACCUUGUUUUUAUUAGAUUGUAAUAAGAUGAAGCCCUCCUCUUUCUCUACAUUGAAUCACAUUCAACAUUCUGUAUGCCAAAAGUGUAAGGUUACACUUUUUUUUUUUUUUUUAAUAAGAUUGUAAUAAAAUGCAACAACUACUGUUCUUAACAUUGGAUCACAAUGUUGAAAGUAUGCCUUCAGUAUUUUCGGUUCAGAAAAUGGGAGAAGAUGUACUCGUCUUUUUUAAUAUAUUGUAAUAUGUGCAUUCCUUCUUCCCCAACAUUCUCAUUUAGACUAUACAAUGUAGACAGGAUAGCCUGCAAUAGUCUACCCUUCUCAUUUUUACUUUGAAACAAAACACAGUUGUACUCAUCAUUGCAUUAUAAUUAAGGGGUUUUGACUUUAAAGGGACACUGUAACUACUUCAUGUAAUUUAAGUUGCUUUGGUAUCUGUAUUACACUAGUGCUGCAGUUUGGUUCAGCGUUUAACCUUUUUUUAAUGGUUAAAAAAAUCCCCAGCAGCCCAUGCCCUUCGUGCUACGUGGGCUAAUAAGGAAGUAUUAAACUGAGCAGCAAUGAGUGGCAGAGGUUGACUGACUGCUCUAAGCAUGUCACAGCUGCUCACUGCUGGUAGGAAUUGGUAUUUAAUCUUUUCCUUGCCAUACUUCCAGCAGGAGCAGAGUUGUGGGCGGCCAGUGACCAUAAUUCAGUGUUAAAGUGCUCAAAAUAGUGUAGUAGUCCAGGCACUUAUAAACAAUUCAAUUAGAUAAAAUGGUUAUAGUGUUUACAAUGUCCCUUUAAAUAUUGUGGAAGAUAAAUGUGGGGGAGGGUUCAACAUUAUUUGCCUUUUAUAUAUAAUUGUAGAGUGAAACCUUCUAAUAUUCUCAUCUUUGAGUUACAAUGUGUAUGACUGUAAGCAUUCUGGGUGCAGAAUAUUGUAACAAGCCCACUCUUAAGUAAAUGGUAAUUUAAAAAAAUACCCAUUUUUAAUUAUUAACAUCGGCUUACAGUGUCGCAGGGGUGACGACACUUUCUGGUUUAAAAAAAAAAUUGGGCCCCACUUUUGUUAGAUUGUGUUAACGUGCUAUUUUACUCCCCUGCUAUUUUAUCCCACCAGUGCCUCUGUAACAUUUGUAAUACCUCAGAACCUCUUUACUUUGUCCUUGUAUAAAGUAAUGGUCAGAGGAUAAUCUCUUCAUAUGUAUGUCUAAAACAAUAUAUAUAUAAUGCUACAAGCUAUUAAUAUAUAUAUAAAAUGCUACAAGCUAUUAAUUGUCCAAAGUGUUAAAAAAAAUUGCGCAUGUCCAUGUAAUCUAUCCUGUUUAUAUUGCACAGGAGGGGUGGGGGAUGCAGUUAUGUAUUUAAAGAAAUGGGAAUUUUAAAAGAAAAUAUUUUAUGUAUAUUAAAUAUAAUUGUAGAUGAAAUAGAGGGGGAAAGCAUUUAUGCAAAUAUAUAUAUAUAUAUAAAUUAAAACUUAUGACUUUUUUUUUUUUUUACACGUGAAGAGCGAAUAGAGAAUUGAAUUUAACUAAAUGGAGGUAUGACACAUGUUCAAAGAUAAUCAUAAAUGAAGAAAAACUGGGCACAGAUCUAAGAUUCCAGAAGAUUUAAUGGUUGCAGAUUCACAAUAUUUCUGCUCCUAACAAAUAAAACAGACAAGUCUGUUGGGAGCCUAAAUGUUUCUUAUUUUCAUCCAUUAAAUCUGCCUGGAUAUUAAACAUGUACCCAGUCUUUUUCUUUGCUUGCAAUUAUCUUUGGAGUUUGGUCACCUCUAGACUAGAGGCAUGCUCACUAUUCCUAAUGUGUGCCUAACCAAUCUUCCUACAUAUUCAGAGGCACACGUGUAUGGAAUAUAGCCACGUUGGAUGCCUCAAAUUAUUUGCAAGACAGUUUGUUUGGGAGACCGUGCCAGACAAGUUCCUGUGAUAUAUCACGCCUUGCUCAGGAAUGUUAAUCCCUUUCCCACUUUUCACAGCGUUAAUGUUUAACAGCAAGAAACUUUAUAAUCAUUUGAAAUAUUCAGCGUCACUGUUUGCGUGCAGAGGGCAAAUGUCCUUGUCUUGUCUCUUGAGCAUUUUUUUUCAUAUGGUCCAAUAUCAAAUUUUAUAACUGAUCUGGGAGCUUUUUUAGUUUGCACUCUGUAUGAUCAAGACUCGUUAAUAAAAACUCCUGAUUUUCUAAA